CCAAAUUGUAGCUGCUGAACCACUGUGCAGGCUGUUUCGCUUUUGGGACAGAACCUGAACGAAUUCUGAACUACAUGUCCCAUGUUUGAGGAUUUUCUAGUUGUCCCUGCGUGUUGCCGCCUCCCCAUUUCGUCCUCCACGAUGAACUCUUAAAGCUAGCAGGACUAUGGUAAUCUCACAUCCGGUGAAAACUUUCAAAAUAAAAUAAUGUCAUGUUGCCAAAGGGUUUUUAUUUAUUUAUUUAUUUUUGAUUUUUUUUUUUUCUCCUUUCUUAAAUUUUCUAAAAUUUUGGCUUUUUGAUUUAUUAUUUACACACUUGUAAAAUGAAUUGUUCUGAUGUCUGUGAAAUAAUUAUUGUAAAAGUGGAUGUGAGAAAUAAAAUUUGCAAAAAUAUCCACACAGAUUAAAAUGUCUUUGUGAUAUCACAAAUCAACUGGCGCAGAAAAGUAUGACUUUUAGUAUGUGCGAUUAAAACAAAUUAAUUCAGACUUUUUUGACUGUUUUUGUUGUUGUUGUGUUGUUGUUGUUGUUGUUGUUCUCAGUAGAUGAUAUUCAGCCAUGGUCAAAUUACGAGAAACUUGUGCAACACUGAGUUAUAUUUGAUGGUUUGACUUUCAUCAACAAUAAAAAAACUGUUAGUCUGCAUUUGAUCAUAUCAGCCACUUGUUGUUUAGUGUAAUCAGAUCAACCGCCGUCCUAUCUGUAGUUCUUGUUGCUUGCAUGCUAUGACAUAGUGUGUGGUUUAUUGCAAGUAUGAGCUGAAAUGCUAUUGCAACAGAUGACAAUAGUAAAAAAAAAACUUUAUAACUUGUAUUUGAAACACGGUCAACUCCAUUAGUGUGUCAUUCCCAUAAACUGUAUAUACUAUUGUAUAUGUAUUUAUGUAUAUUCCCAGCUUGGGCUUCCAAAUAACAUGGGAAAUUGAUGGAGGACACCUUUAUGAUGGUAUGAAAUACAUAUAUACAAACAAAAACUAAUAGCAUUGAGUACAUUCCCAUCACAAGCAUUGAAAAAAACUAAGAUAUGUUUACUUUUUUCAUCCUUUAAAAGGAACACAAUCUGUAUGAAAUAAACAGACAAAAGCUCUGGAAUUUUUUUUCGAGAAGACAUGUAUUAAUUUCGGGUGGCCAUUUGUACCACAUUACAAAUUAUGGCCAGAAAAUUUAAUUUUUUAGAGCUGAAACGUUUAUUUCACUUACUACUGAAAACCAAAAAAAAUAAUAAUAAAAAAUGAAAAUGUCCUUAAAAUUUAUCAAAUAAUAAUAAAAUAAUGAACCACAAGAGGAUAUUUUUAUCAUUUAUCAGACUGUAUUCAGGUGGGUUUUUUUUAGUGAUUUGUUGAUUUGAUAGAAGUUUAUAAAAGUAUGUAUCAAAUAUAAUACAAAAGGCAUUUUAUCCUUCACACAUCACCUCUUGAAACUUCCAUUGAACGACGCGAUACUCUUCUUUUAUUUUGAAAUCAGUAUUCCCACAUUUCCGCUUUUCAGCGUUAAUCCGGGUAGUUUGACGCCGCCAUGCUCCAGAGGAGGGUGAGUUGAGGGAAAGACGGAGCCACCCUGUCAAUCAUAAUUAAGGAACCAUGGGAGUAAACUGGUAGGGAAGCUCGGCGGAACCACUGUGUUUACGGUGAAGAUUGUUUGAAAUCGCGCAGACACGUCAACUAUGCACCGGUACACCGUGGGACGUUUACGUCUGAUUUCGUCAACUGGGAAUGACUCUACUUUGACGGGAAUUAGCAUGAAGCGUUACAUAUAACAACAAAAAAAACUUAGCGACUUUUCAGUUGCCUGCGCCUGUUUUGACCCCUCGGCGUUCCAGUUUGAACAAAAUACACAAGUCACCGUUGAUAUUUGUACAAGAGGCGGUGCCGCGGAGGUUUCUAUGAACUCCAAGCUCAGGAUAUACCCUUUUAUUUGACUACAACUCGGGGAAAAUCUGGUCUGUGCAUUUCAGAGAACUGCCUUGUCGGUGAGUAGACUUUCUCGAAGGAGUGACGGUAUUUACUGCUCUCAAAAGCACAAAAAAACAACAGAUUUGAACUUCUACUCUAACUUCAGAGUUUGAGCUUUUUUGUGCCGACGUGUUUAAUUUUCAGAUACAAAAAGAAGACACUCCCAAAAGCAAACGAAGCCAAACAGAAAUCUGCGCUCGAACUCCAGGGAGAGCAAGAAAGGAGCAGAUAUGAGUGGGGGAGAUGUGGUGUGCUCAGGGUGGCUGAGAAAGUCUCCUCCUGAAAAAAAGUUGAGACGUUACGUAAGUGCACUUUAUAUCCUAUUUGUUACGUUGUAAUAAGGUAACCUGUUACACAAAAUGAGCCAGCGUUUCUGUGGACACUUGAAGUGCACGGCCGGGCGCAGAAACAAACGUGUAGGCCUCGUCUUGGGUGCAAUUCAAGUCAAAGUUCUGGACUCUGUGAACCAGAAAUGGUGUGACUUACUCUGGGCUUAGUUUGCUGUCAUGGCUCUGUUCAGUAAGAGGUGUUUUGCCAUGAUUUGGCAGCCAUGAGGUUGUUGUUUUGGGUCAAACCUGAGACAUUUUCAAGAGGAGACAGCUUCCUUAAAAGCUACUGUAUGCCACUGCACAGCAAUCCAAUCCCACAACAUUUCCUCUGAGGAUUUGAUUUUUUCCAGACCAAUAACACAAUAUAUUGAUUUCCUUGGGAAGCAAAGCUCUUGCAGUCAGCCAUAACUCACUCUCUGUGUCAAAGGCGGUGGAUGGUCAUGGUAAGGGCUAAAUGAUUUACAAAACAUCUGCAGAAUACUCAAGAGAAUGACCCAUUUCUGUAAGUGUUUGUCCACAGAUGUCAGUUGUGCAUAAUGAAGUGUAAAAAUGGCUGUUUUUAGUUUGCUUUACCAUUAAUGUUUACAACCCUUCACUGAGUAAUCCCCCAUACUACUCCUGCACUGAGGCCAAAACACCUCUCUCGUCCAACGUUCAAUUUGGCCGGCUGUGAAUUGUCUGUAUUUUCAGUGUGAUUUUCACAACUUAUUUGUUGUGCACAUUGGCGGCAACACAGCUGGUGCAAAGACAAACAACUUCAGCAGUACAUGAACUGUCAAGUCUUGGUGCUUUCCUUGUGGAUCAGUUGAUAUCACUGUUAUUGAUAUUUGAAUUACAAGGCCAGCAACUUGAGAGGAAGGUUGGUUUUGCAGAAACCACACAUUCAAUGUGGUCUAUACUCUAAAAGGAAUACAAGAAAAUCCAGCCACAAAGACAGGUUUUCACAGGACCGUCUCAAGAUCAGAACAGACUAGGAUCUGGUUGAAUUUGGGUUUUUCUUAUUACCUAUAUUGAGUACAUAUAUUUAUUGUUUUAAUUUAUUUACAGCCUAGUAACUCUAUUCAUAAGACUUUUUUAGUAAACCUGCUAUAUUUUGAAUCAGAGGUCACCAGGACGAUUGUGUAUUUGGUGCUUAAAAGUUCACAUUCUCAUCCCAGGAUGCACUAACUUCUUUAUUACUUACAGUGAUCUCCAAAGCUAAGUGUAAGCUAUAUUGAACCAGAAUUGUUCCCUUUCAGAAAACAAAAGCUGGUGUAUGACUUAAUUGUUCUCAGGGGGAUAUGGCUCAGCGUGCUGCUCCAGUUCAAUAACCAAAGCAUAGAAUAGCCAGGGGGCUAACACACAGUGUGUUGUAAGAAGCAUGGGAACUGCUCUGAUGAUGGUUUGGAAAGAAGAUUUUGAAUAGUUCAGAGUUUUUUUUUCCAAAACAAACAAAAAGCAGUUGAGUCUUCAGGCUUUUUUUUUUUUUUUGGUUACUUUUCUUGAGCGAGAGAGAGAGAGAAUGUUCACACUGUGGGUUUGUUGCUUGUUUGUCAUUAUACGAUGCUAAGUUGUCAUAGGUUACAUCACCUAGAAAGGAUAGGACAAUGGUAACACAAAAAACAUACGAAAGUUCACAAAACUCUUUCAUCAAGCUGCCUAGCACUCACUCAAAUCUAAAAAUACACAUGUUUGAAAAAGGGGGCUGACCAGACAAGAUUCCCUCUCUGUGACAGAUCAUGGUGCUGUGUCACAUGAAGCUGUGUAACCAAUGGAAGUGCUUACUUUACUAUUUUCGGUGGAUGACAAAUUCUUCAACCAGUCGAUGCCUAAAAUAAAACAAACAGGAAAAAAGUUAACUCUGCAAAAACAUAAAUCAUGCAGCUGUUAAUGAGGAACUGUGGUUUCAGGCUGACAAGGAUUAGUGAGAUAGAUGUAUAAUAUCAUCUUCUCAAAUUAGGGAACAAUAUUGUUUGUAAAUAGAUCUGUACCUGGAUCACAUUGAGGCUCCAAUACCAACAUAUUAGGAGAUGUUUAUUCUGUCCUUGCAGAGUGAAUUCAUCAGGUGCUGUGCAGUUUUGCUUUGAAAUACCUGUGGCUGAUGGCGGUUGGAGAAGAGCGUUGUGUUCAGUGGCUAUCAUAUGAUUUGGUCUGUUUGCUCAGUGUGGAUAGCUUGUGAUUAACACCCUGGAUUGAAGCCAUAAAAAUCUUGUGGCCAUAUCAGAUGAUGCUGUUUCCGUAUCACUGGAACACGGACUGAAAUCUGCUGCUUCCAGUUAUUUCUCUGGAAACCAAAAUCACCAUAGUUUCUGAUCGUAAGGGUGAGUAACCUGCAUUCAGUCGGGAUCAUAUAAAUCAAAGAUCAGAGGUGAACUCCAGAAGAACAAGAAACUUAGCUGUCAGAUUUGUUUCUCCUGGGCCGUGACCCGAAGGUUUCGUCUGCACCGAAACUUCCUUCUGAGUAGAGAUGUUCUGAAUCGAGGUGCAGUGGGUCAUAAAAGACUCCGGGAGCCAUUGUGAGGCUUUGCACCACUACUCAGAAGUGACCGAUUUUCUCAAUGCUCCUCUGGAAAAAGCCUACAUAUUCACAACUACAGGAUACCAUCAGUCAUCUCUGUCUGUUUACAUCCGGGUAGUAGUGCAUUAUGGCAUUUAUCAAUAACUGUAGCUUCAGCCUCGGCUAGCAGUGGGUAGCCUCUGACACAACAUAUAUUUGACACAGGGGGCCCACCAUGAUAAGAAAUAUUAAUUAUUAGUUUAUCUAGACAACACUUUUUUAGACCCAUCACCUGCUUUCCUUAAUUUUCAAGUUGUAAAAUAGUUUCAAUGUUUUGUGGCUGAAUCUUUUUAAUAUUGUCCCAAUUACAGAGUAAACAAUACUUUUAGCUCUAAUAUUUCUGCUGGUUCUUUUCUAUGUUGACUAAUUACAUCCCUCCAAAGAUGACUAUUUACUAUUUACCUUGCACUCGGCUCUAGACUGAGCAGUUCAGAUGGGAAGCCGGGGAUCCUGCCUACCCGAUUACCCACUCGGGGCAAAGUUUGCCCAUGCAGGCUCUGCUGCUGAUCACUGGAGCUCAAAGGUGGGCACAGUUCAGCUGUCUUGCCAUUAUCUGAACGAGCCAGACCAUUACAGGAUUAGAAAUGUUGCCCCCUUAUUUCUUUUCAGUGAACUAAAUUUGAGAACAGAAUAUUCAAAACUCCUGUGUCAACCCCAUGUUGAUCAACCGUCAGAGUUUUAUUGAUAGGGCCAACUUUUCUGUGUGAAACAAAAUGCAGUUCAUUCUUUUGUCCUGAUUGUUCCAAUUUUUACAGUUUCCUUUUAAUGGCACUCCCGUGGUGUCCUUUUAGAGAAAAGACAGAUAAGAUAUUUUAUUUUGAUUGUAAAAAUCUAUUUGGACUUCUCUUAAAAAGCCCCCUCUAAAUCCUGUAAGAAAGACUCAACACUUCCCGGUAAUCAAUGUCUCAUAUCAGAGCAGCAUGAAAGCAUCCAACCUCUCUCUCUUUGUGGGAACUUUCUCAGACAGAUUUUGAAAUAACUUUAUUUUCUGUGGCUUUCCAUUUCAUUGACACUGCAUUUUCCAUCUGGUUCUCCUUUUUUGCUUUCGUUUCUCAAACCUUUCGUUCUGUGAAUUUCUCUGGAAGUCCACAUGUAGAAACUUCAAAGAGACAGCUUGUAGACCGGUAUCUUAAAAACAUGUGAAGUGUGUUGUCACACUGACCUAUGGAAGUGCUAGGUUGUUAUCAGCCAAUUGUCUUUAAAGGAGUGGUAGUACCUUGCAAAACGAAGACAAUACAUCACAUACACUGCAAAACUUCCUCUUUGUUCAUACAAUAUUCAUCAACAUAAAGAGAGGUCUUUGACAGCCUGAAGAGACACUUCCCUAGAGCGUUCUUUCUGUACAACAAGAUUUUGUUACGUUCCUUCCGAGGUGUAAUAUUUGGGUUUGGAAUAAAUGAUCGUCUCUGGCCAGGCAGUGAAGGGAUACUGUACCAAAGAGAUGUUGAAGUAUCUGACAAGAAUGGACGUCCCCUCACCUCCCACUGCCACCCCCUGACAGCGUGAACAAUACUCACAAGGCCAGGAGCUUGACAUAAAGGAUGAUGGUGUUCUAAAGUGCACAUUUGGUUCAACUUCUCUCUCUCUCUCUUUUUGUCUCUCUCUGUCCCUUUAUUCCUCUCUCACUCAUCAGCACCAAAGCAUAGUGUCCUGACCUCUAUCCAAUACUUUCUGACCUUCCUGACCUCAUACAAUGCCCUAAGAGGCUUUACCCUUAUCUAAUAUAUGUGGUAAAUUAAAUAACACAUACUGCCACCCACUUAUUUAUGUACAGAUAAACAUACAGUUUUUAAUCUUUAAUCUGUCUACUGGCAUUAGCCCUGAGAUACACUAGUGACCUCUUCACCUUAGCCUGUCGAAACAGCCAACAGCCCUUGACCCAACAUGCAAAAGAGUUGCACUGUAGAUGCAGCUUAUGUGCAGUAAUAGGUGGGUGACAGCAAACUAAGCAUCAACAACAUGAAAUUCAUUGGAAUAGAAAAUAUUGGCUAUUAUUAUAACAACCAAAAGAUCUUGUAAGAAACUGAGCAUAUGCAGUAUUUCAUAGUGUCAGAAAUAUACUGCCAUAAUUAAAGGAGUGUGACCCAGUAACAUGGAAAUUCCCCCAACCCAGUAUUCCUAAUCAGGGCUGCCAAGAUUAGUCGACUAGUCACGACAAUGUCAACUAUUAAAAUAAUUUAUGUCUUUUUUUUUUUAAGCUUUGGUUUUCUCUCAAAACUGCCGUUGUGCCUUCCACUGUCUUGUCUCACUUGUCUCUGUCUGUCUUCGACGCUCAUGCUCAGUAGUGGUAAUCCUGGUCAGCCGUGAUGUCGCCAGAAAAGUUAUGCCCAAACAGAAUCAUGGCCAGCCAUUAACAGAGCUGAAAAUUUUGGGAGUAUUUUUCAAAAAAUAAAAGAGAAACAUGUGCAAUUCAAAAUCUGCAAGACAGAAGUUGCCCUUCCAUGACAACACGACAGCGAUGCACACACAUCUGAAAAGGAAGCGUGUCAUAGCUGAUUCAGUUUCUGAUGAAGAGGUACAGUCGUCUCUGUAAGCUAACUGGCUGGUUGGCUGCUAACAUUAACCUCGACAGUGAGCUCAUCAUACUAACAUCAACAAUGACGAUUUCAUUAACCUUCACACAUACCUUAGACACUUAAAGCUGGAAGCUAAUGAGGGUUAUUUUAGAGCAGCUGCAUGCUGGUGCAAUAAGCAGCAAUUUACAUAUGAUCCGAUUAGUCGACUUAUCGCAAAAAUAGUCGGUGACUAGUCGAUUAUUAAAAUAGUCAUUUGUGGCAUUCCUAUUCCUAAUAACUAUUUAUUUAAGAGGUGUGGCUUAAGCCCUGCAGUAGUCAUCUGUCAGAGUGACACACUUCAAUCUGGUUCCAAAUUUAAGUUCUUCUUCUCUUAAACCUGAUGCAUAAUGAGGGCCAAUGUUGGCGUAGGAAUAGUUAGUGCAGUGUGCUCUAUGUGAGGCUCAGUUCCAUCUGUUAUCACAUACUGCAGGACAUAGCUGUUGAGAAAAAUAUUCAUUUUUGAUUUACCAUUAUCUGAAGUGAGUAAAUAAGUGGAAUUACAGUCUACAUAGUUUUGCUGAGCCCCAUUACCGUAGCUGACCAUUUUCUCCAAGUGCACAUUGCUAUAUGAGUCAUUAUGAUCAGUGGUGUCCCCUUGCAUGUACCCUCUGAAACAGAUAAGCAGUCUUAAUAUGGCCUCAGUGCUGAAGUAAAAGACUGGUGGACCGGAAGAAGGAAAAUAUUGAACCCUGAAGGUCCUCCUCUGAUGGCUGUAAAGGGAGCCUGAGGAUAAACUCCAAGCCAGACUUGAGUCCUCUCAGCUGGGGGAAAUGCAUUUACUGUAUACCCCACUGUGGCCAUUAGUCAUUCCUUCUAUCUGCGGCUGUCUCCAAACAACUCUUCUACGCACAGAAUAAAGAAAUCUGUUCACAACAAAUGCUAAGGCGCCGUCAAACGAAAACAAAGGCAUAGCUCUUUGAUUAAGUAGAGGAUUCAUGAAAUCUGCUUAGCAAGUGGAACAGAGAACAAACACUUUCUCUCUCUGUUCAACCCCCCCUCCCCACAUGCUAAAAGAAACAAACAAACAAGCAACCCAGACAAGAUGCAACAGAGGGGGACUUGUGUAGCAUUAGCCUCUGAGGCUAACAAAAAAAAAAGAAAAAAGACCGGAUCUUUUCCUGACUGUUGCAGCUCUCCAUUUGGAGCCGGCAGACCAUUGUUGUGUGAUCUGCUACAGCUUGAAAAUGGAUUGCAUGUGCCAUUAAUUAUUCAAUGUCCAUUACAAACAAAUAAUCAUUAAAUAUUCAUAUCUGUGCUACUACAAUAGUUAUCCUUACUGGCUCACUUUUGUCCCAGACACAGACUGUUGUCAUUGUGUUACACAUCAGCGUAUCAGAUGCAUAGUUGUGCCACAAUAGUGAUAAAGUAUAAAAGUGUAAAAAGUCACGUUUUUCAGAGUGAUUAUUUCGUCAGUAGAGCCUCAAGUGAACACUCGGUUGUUUUUCAGUAGCAGAAAUCUUUAUUUAGGCCUUUGUUUAGGAACACAAUAGACAUGAACAUGGUCUGCAUUUUCCUCGGUGUAUUUAUAGAACGUAGUAAGCCUGAAAUUAUCUUAUUGCAUCACAAAGGCAAACACAGCCACAAAGACAAAACAGGCAGUACAAGAAGAGCCGUCUAAAAGCUUGGGCAUGGUAAUCUUGUGACACGUUUCUCAUUAUAUUUGAACAGAUCAUUAAGUUAAAAAAAUAUUUAGAUGAAUAAAUACCUCCUCUUCAGGAAGUCUGCAUACUCAGGGAUUUGUGCAUCUGUUGACAGAAAGCAGGAUUUGAUUGUCUAAUUGUCUGAACAGGAAUAAAACAAACGGGCACGAAAGUAAAACUUAAUGAAGGUCCUGCUUUUGUUAAACUUUCCCUCACUUUUUUGCUGUUCCUUGUUUUUUAUAGGUCAUCUGCUGUUUGUUGUACAAACUGGAUCCUUCCAUGCAGAUUCUUGAGCAACAGAUCUGCUUUUCUGAGAGCAGCUAAGUGUCAGUGCCAACACACAGCUAUUUACAGUUUUAAAAUAGAGUCCGACCAAAGAUGAUUGUUGAGCCCUUGUGUCUCAAUCUAGAGAUUUACCACAGCGUAAACUCAGACCCAAAGUCAAAAUCAAAUGAAAGUUGAGGAGAAAUUUUAUUUUUUUCUCACGAGCUUGCAUUGUUUGUGUUUACCAGCAUUCUUACUGUUACAUCAAAAUGGCAACAAGAUUUUCAGGAUAUAAAAAAAGAGACCCAAAAAGCUUGAAUGUCUGAUUUUAUCCCUCUUUAAACUAUUUUAGUUCUGAGGCUGUAAAAUUGUUGUAUUGUAUCGGUAGGUCAAGGCUGACAUGGAGCAUUUUGUAAACAGAUGUGUCUCUUUUUGCUUGCUGCAGCUGUUUACUGUUCCAUGUGCCAAGUCCACCAGCAGCAGCUCAUAGAGGGGACUGCUCCGAACUGGUUCUCAUGUGGACUUGGUUUUCCCCCCCGGUUAAAGCUUGGGAGCAGUGUUCGUUAUUGGAGUCAGAUUCUCUAGAAUUUAAAACGAAGGCUUUUGUGCUACUUGUUACUCUGCCAAGUCGGACAGAUUUCAAGUGAAGCUAUUAUUAAAAACAGAUGACAGAAAUCUCUCAACUAUUUGCCAAGGCCAAAAGUACACAUCAUCAUUUGUUAGUUCUUUUUCUCAUGACUCUGCAGGAUUACUUUUCUAUUCACCGAAAGGACAUGCAUUUAAGAGUCUUUUUCCUUCACACAAAAGUCCUGCAUACUCUGAAUAUUUCUCCUAUUUUAACCGUUGCGCCACCAGGCAGUCAUAAUAAUCUGUCACAAAGCUGCUUUCUAUGUCCGGAGUUUACAUGUAGUUUGUUGUAAACAGAUCGGGGCUAGUAGGAGAUGCACAACACCAGCCUAAUCAAGAAUGCUGCAGGGGUCCCUGUUCCCAUCAGAUUUAUGUUGUUUCAGUAUAAAAGGAAAGCAGCCGCAAGGCCAAAUUUAUGAUAAUGCAAAUUCCCAGAAUUCUUGCAAUACCAGGGGAGACUUCUUGAAGAGUAACAGAGUGGGACCAUGAAUAUGUAUGCAGUGACGUGCAGGCUGGGAUAUACCACAAAGGCAAUCAAUAAAUUUGUCAUCGUUGUUGGUGAGAGUGAAAUGGGAUGAGAAAGACUGGAGUGCUUCUCAAAGCAGCAGCGUUAGGCAGUCUCCAGUGAGAGCAGCUCUCUGUUCUUUGCCUCUUUCUUUCCGUUCCCAGUGCUUCUUGGCAGGCACACACAGCAGGAAUGUGAGGUUGCACUGUGCUCCUCUUUGCUGGUCUGCCGGGGUGUGAGCGCCUGGGUCCCGGGCUGCUGCUGGCCGCCCCAGCUUAUAGGGUAGGAUGGGCUAGUCUGCAAUGCAAUGCAAUGCACUGGACCAUUGUUUUUUCUGCAGCACCAUGGAGGGAAGAGGAGCCGCUCCCUGGCGCCCCAGCAAGGCAUGGCCGCCCCUUCCUGUGUGAGGCGCUGAUGGCUACCAGAUGGCGGGGGGAAAAGGAGAGGAGGAGGGGUCCUAUAUGCUUGCCCUAUUUUUCUUUAUACUCUAUGCAUUUAACAUCCAACUUUUUCUUGCUUGCAUCCCUUUUUUUUUUGCAACAUGUCAUGUCUUAAAUUUUGUGCCUGGUUUCCUUCACUGUUCUGCAGGGUGAUAAAGGAAGCUAUGCAGAGUUUUUUAUUUUGCUCUUUCCAGGCUGUAUACCUCGCUGCGCUUCUCUAGGUGUUACAUAGCCUGAGACACAAAAGAUGACACUGUGACUCACUUACAAUCAUGACUCACUAAAGAAUUGUAUAGUCUGAGAGCCCGCUCAUGACGCAGACUCUCUUUAAAAGGCCAUCAGUAGCAUGCAAACAUUGGACUUUGUCACCACAGUAGCUGUUGUCACUGUCGAGGUCUGCACACACCUGUUCAGCAGGGGCUGAGGUGUGCAUGCGGUGCUCGGUGAGCCUCAGCAAAAGACAUAAGAACUGAGGCUGGCUCACCCUGAUAGCCCUCUCCUCACCAACAGGAGGCCCCCUAAACUCACUGCCUACUGAGACCACUACUUAUUCUUGAGCUGGCCACAAAGGACUCAAAGACAUCAGCUACUUGGCAUUGUUAAUGCUACACUGUGUUGGUGGAUAUUGCUGAAUUGCCCCCCUCCUGCCCAUUUAAAUAUGGAUCACAGCUGCAUCUAUAAAACCUCAUUGGAUUGUGAAGAAUUUUAAAGCUAGUUGUGUCAGUUUUUAGAUUUUGACUUCAUGUUUUUCAGGAGUAGAAUAUGCACUCUGGGGAAAAAAAAUAUUAUGUUUUUGAUCAAAUUAGGCUGAAGAGAGAAGCUGCACCAGAAGUCUUGUGACCCAGGCCUUUAAAAAAACUUCCUCUUUGUGAGGCAGUCUGCUUUGUCGAUGGAAUUUCUUGCUUUGAAAUGUCAAGAUAUUCAGAAGAAAAGUUCCACUGCGUGCAAACUACUGGUUGUGAGCUUUUGAAGGAAAUGACACAUGCAAAAUGCAGGUUUUACCGAGUAAUUUACAAAAGGUUGUACAAAGGAGUGCGCAUGUGUGUAAAGUUUUCAUUUUCCAGGCUAGCUUUGGAAAAGGAACUUCGCAGGAGAGCUUUUUGUUGUAUCUUGUUGUAUGUUUCGAGGUUAAAAAUGUUGGAUGAUUAGAACGAUCAGAUUAGCUUUUGAAGAUUAGAAAUAUGUGCAACUGUAUCUGUUCAUAUUUAACUCCAAAGGUUCACCUGUCUUUGCCCCUGCACACACAAACACACACUUGUACACACACACACACACACACACAUGUUGCUGGCACUUCAGCUAUGUGGUGCUGUGUGAUCUGACACCAGCCGCUGUGUCUGCAGCCCCUUAAUAUAGCCCACUGCUGUCAUGGUAGUUUCUGCCCCCCUCUGCUGCUGUUGCUCUCUGCGGUGUGUAUACGCACUAACCUGAGUGCAUGUUUGUCCCAGCUUGAGGACUGGCUGACUUAGACAGGGGGUGUAGGGGUGUCAGCCUGGAGACUAGAUGUGAAAUAUUGGUACUGACCUGUGUAAUUUCCCAAGUUACUGUGACUCAGACAGACCCUCAAUAAAAUAGUGGCUGUCUGUUUCUAAUCACAGUGAGUAUAUCUUCUUACUAGGUUUCAGACACCACUUUCUCUGUCGGGUUUGUUGUAGGGAUCCUCAGAAGAAACAGAAAUGAACACAGAAAGAUGGAUCGCUGUUUGCUAUUCACCAGCCGUGCUGCUGUGGCUACUGUCCCUGAUUGCAUUAGAGUUACUAUGGUGCUGCCUGAUAUCUUUGGCCUGGACUCAAGCCAGAGAACAUUGUUACGCUCGUGCACAAACGCACACACACAUGCACACUCACACGCACACACACAUGCAAUGAUAGAGAUGCAGCUGAGACCCCUGCACUCAGUGAGCAUUCGUUUCAAGCCUGAUUGGGAGCUCUGAGUCUGGAGGUCCUCCUCCCCUUGUUCACCUACUUUCUUGGCAUUUCUCUGAACUUUUCCCCUGGCACACUGCUCUUCUUUUUACACCCAUUGUGGUAGUGUCUGAGAAACCUGUGGAAUACCUUUUUAUACUGUCUUUUGUCUCACUUUUAAGCCAAUGGCUUUUGGAUGACUGCAACUGUUUGAAAUCCAAGGAGUGCUCAAGGUUCGUAACUUGUUUUAUUUGACUUUUUAUUGCAAAUUGGAAGGAUGUCAAGGACCCAGAUUCUCUUUUUGGUUUGGAAUACAGAUGUACCCUCUUAUGGUUGUAAGAGCAAGAGACUAUCCUUCAAGUAAAAAGUCAUAAAUAUUAGGAAUGUUCGUCUUUAUAUUAUUGCUUUUUAAAUCAGUCCUCCUAGUACACCUCUGCUAAACACUGAGUCAAGAUAUAAAGGCAGCUUCCAUUAAAGAGGGGUUUAUGAUGAGUGCUUGAAGUCACAGGUGUUCAGUACAAAAAUUCAAAUGUGCAUUUAAGCUCGAAAGGCUCAUUUGUCCUCAGUGUUAAAGAUUAUUCCCUUCAAUAGUUACUAACUUCCUUUCUGGUUUGGCUUUGAAAAAGAGAAUCUGCUUCAUAUUAGAUGUUUGGAGUCUCAAAAUGUUUGAAAUCAGAACUUCUUGCAGGGUGAUUUAGUGCGUGCUGUUAAGUUAUGGUAUGCCACAGUUUGUGUUCUAAUGUGUUUGUCUUUUCCUGAGACCGUGCACACAUUUGGUUUGACCAUGUGGUAUCACUGCGUAGAGGCCGAUCAGGGCUGAAAGAAGAAUUGUUUGAGCUCCUCUCGUCAGCGGUCAAGGAGCAGCGUGAUCAUGUGAACCAAGUCUGCCAUGCAGAAGGAAUGUGUUGAAUUCUAACCAUGCAGCUUUGACAAGUGCAUGUGACUCGGUGCAAGGGCUCAGAUUGGCGAGGGCAGGCGAAGCGAAGGCAGAUAGGAUGAAAACAGAGGAGAAGAUAGAGGGCAGGCAAUCAGAAGAGAGAAUGCACAGGCUUUAACUGUCAAGGUUAUGGAGGAGCAAAGCAUGCAAAGUUUUGACCUUCUGCUUAUCUUGGGGGAAGAAGGUAUUAAAACUGGAAGACCAAACAACAAGGAGAUGCUGUGGGAAGGAGAUAAACUUGCGUUUUGGGGAGUUACAUAUCCUGAAGUCAGAUGAGCCGCUCUUUAUCUCCAGUACAGCUUUGCUUCUCAUGGCUGAGAGUGGGCUGCCAUCUGCACUUACAAACCGUCCUCUGAGUAUGCAGAUUGAAUAGGGCACUGUAUGAACAAGAGUUAUUAAGUACGCCGAGGCUGGGAAUCAUUUUCAGCAAAAAUUCCCAUUGGUUAUAUAAAGAGCCAUAGCGAAUGUGGUGUUAGUGUACUGGGUUGUAACACUGACUUCUUUUAGUAAGUACACAAAGACAGACAGAAUCGCGUUUCAUCUGUAAGCAGCUGGUGUCUUCUAAUUGUGAAAAUCAAACAACUCCAACAGCGGUUUCAUGUUUUUUGUGUUGAUAUUGUGAGGAGGUUGAGAAAAUAUUGUCUAAUGAAUUAAAAAAAAUUAAAAAACAGAAUACGUGUAAUGGAGUCACUAUGUCCCUGUCUCCAUGUGCUGAGUUUAAUAUUAUUUCCUCCUCUGAUAAGUAAUAGGUAAUUAUUGGUGACCUGGAUUUCACUUUCACCACCAAAAGCCAACCUGAGUGCAUUGUCCCCAUACAGGAGACUCAAAGACUACGAUAUAGAGCGUUAUGAGAGCAUAUUUAAGUAAUGGAGCUGAGUUUAAGUGGCAAUAAUUUGUGCUUGAAUGAUCUCUAAAUGCUCUGGUGAACAGACUCUGUAUUUGAACGUCAUUUGCAUCAAAGUGCUGUUUGUUUACAAGCCUUGUUAUUAGCAGGGUUAGUGCAGAGUCUUUUAUUCUGCUAAUAAUCAGAUUAAAAGCUCAGUCAGAAUUAGACUACGUCAUGUUCAGACCCUGAUUAGAACAAACUGAACCAUAUGGAGACAAAUAUUUUGAUGCUGCAACAGCGGUUUGAAUUUGUCAUGUUGCAUGUCGCUAUGGUUGUGUUAUUUGUGGGAUUUACAGCCCAUCUUUCAGGGUAAAAGUCGAUAAUCAUAGCUGAAGUUUUAGAUAGAACUUGUUUUGUAGUAAACAGUUUCCUUUUUGUCCUCUCGAGCAGGGGCAACUACGUUGAGCUGAUCAUGUUUCUCUUGCCUUAUCUAGCUCUGCAGAUACAUGAUAUUCAUAAGCACCCGUGAAACCCAUCAAAGCAAUGUUUCAGGAGAAAGCCAAAGACUAAUGACACUGGUUAUCUGAAGGGCCUGCGUCCUCUAAUGGCAGUUUUUGCACCAAAAGUGCCUUUUAGCCACCCAAAACCAAUGGGGUUUGACAUUUUCAGCACUCAGCAUCCCGAGUGCAAAAAUGCCCUCAAGUUAGCUCUUUUUUGUUGCUGCACUCUCAGCUCUUUCAGUUAAAAGAUUUUCAACUUUUAGACCACUGCCUUGGUUUUUAUAGUUGCUUCUGACCAGGUAAAGUAAAGGGACAGGAGUUCUGAUAUCAACUUUGUGUUAAAACAAAUUCUAUAGACACUGUUGAGGGCUAUAGUAAGUGCUGGUGAGAAGCCCUCUAGAAUUGAAGUCUUGGGGCACCACUAACAUAAAAUGCCGCUGGUGGACACAAGGCAUCGAGCUAGUCUACUUUCUCCAGCUUUUAAGGCAGUUAAGAUUGUUGUUUUGAAUAUUCAUCUCGCUCUAUUACAAUGCAACAAGUGUUGCAUGAUAGAUUUUAAUCCCGUCAUCUUGAUAUGCUGAUACACUAAGAGAUAUUUCAUGAGUACUCAACACAGUGAACAUUGAAAAACAUUUAUAUACACAGGCUGGACCUUCAGCACCAUUACAUGGAACUCUGGAUACAUUUGGGUAAAACCACAAACACGUUAAACACGUUUUUGAUUAUUUUGUACUUGAUUAUCAUAAAAUUCUGUGGAGCCUCCAUUUUUGAACUACUAAAAAUAUCAUUGAUGCUGAGGAAAAUGUGACUUGGUGGCGGAAGUAUAGAUUUUGUAAUCAGAAGCAUCGCAGAAACAUCAAGUUAAGAACCUCAAACACUGAAAUACGUCUGUUGGAGUUUCAGAACUAGUUAAAUAACACAUGGCUCAUGGACUGUCAAAGUUAGAAAAUGAAAUCUUUUGGGAGAAGUGGUGUGCAUUAGAGAUGGUGAGUGCAGGUGAGCUAAGUAUGAAUGAGUGCUUGCUGUUAGAACAGAUCUCCAGGCAUGCCAGCGAGCACACACCCACAGAAUCCAGCCCACAGCUAAAGAGAGAGGACAUUUUUUGCUGACACUGUUUUGAGCCCCUUUGCGUAAUGGUUGAGUUGGAAAAAUAUUUUGCAUUGUUACCUGUGCUGCCCGUAUUGGUGGCUUAAAAUGAAUGUGUACGAGGGAUUCCACGCAUUCUUCGCUUAAUGUGAAUCACUGCACAGGAAUCACAUGAACACACAUGCAGCGCGCAGCCUUCCAGGUAUGCGUUCACACCACGCACAUUCCCUUUCAACUGAAAGUGAAGCAGUAUCAUCUGAAUGUCACAAUAGAGAGUGGAGGUGUGUACCAGUUUCAGGUGACUGGCUUAAAAAAGGAGGUGUGUCUUAAACUUAACAAGCCUGGGCAUGCUCGACUGCUGAGGCCUAAUGCCAGUACUCAGAAUGAGCUUGUUGUAUUUCUGACCCAAUCAAGACAUCUUAUCAAAACAUAUGUAUUCAUAAUUCCUCUGAGACAGAAACUGGACUCAAACCUUGGUCAAUAUUCUGGUUUUCUGUGUAACUGGUGCUCCUUUUUUUAUGUAACACCCGGGGAAACUCAGACGCGUAGAACACAGUCCAUUUCCUUAUCUGUGUAUGGUAUCUCAAGCCAUUUCCUAGUGGACAGACUGCAGCAAAAGGGGGGGCUAAUUAGAUCACAUCUAAGGCAACCUCUCACUGGCCACUAAAUGUGAUUUGGGAUAAUUUUCAUUGUGCUGAUUGGAUUAGACUGCUGCUGCUCACUGCAUGGCCAAAGAUUGGGUUGGACGUCCACACAAAGAGCGGACUUAGAGAGAAUUAACAAAGUACCUGAUGCCCAAUGUGCAAGAGUCGUUCGGUUGCUUUAAUGGUUUAUAAUGAAUAAACAGAGAAUGUAUUUAAGUUGACUCAUUUGACAAAUUAGCCAAACACUCACAUGUAAACAUUGAUAGGCUACACACUCACCCACAGAUGCUUUUCAGACCUGAUUAUGGAGAAGUCAUCUAUUUCAUCAUGCAAUGCCCCCCCACAGGAUGUAGUGGGACCAUCAUGAGUCUGCCAUACAACCCACAACCUGCUGGACUGUGAAAUCGUCUGCCUCUCUAAGAGCUACAUGGAUGUGCCACACAGGCUCUUGUUGAACCAUUUGAUUUAAAAAUAUCUGAGGUCAAGUGUAAAAAUUUAAAAUCUUUCAUGGGCAUUUUUGUCAUGACGUGUGCAUGUGCAUGAGUGAAUCACAGGCUUUGCAAUAAAUCUGAGGUGGGACGGCACACUUAAAGGCAUGCGGGCACGGCUCGACUGAGAGUGGCUGGUAUUUUUGGUUCUGCCCACCUACCUUGGCCCAGUGUGUCGUAGGUGUAGCGUGGUGUCAAAGCAGUGUGCAACAGGGGCUGGGGUGGGCAAUUGUUGCCAGGGGGAGGUGGUGUGUUAUUUUCAGUCCAUUGUGUCUACUUCCUGUGGGUCAGGGGUUAUUGGAGCAGGGUGUUGCAGACUUUAUGGAGUAAAGAGGAGGGGAGGGAAGUCAGCAGGGUAGGCAGGAAAACGGCAAGACUCAGUCGACAACAGUGGUUGGUCAGCAGCUUGCUUGCCUCGCUUCUCUCGCUAUGUUUCUCGUUUUUACUCAUGCUAAGCUUGGACUCUACAGAACCAGGUAAAAGUCAUGAAUUGCUUUGAAAUAACCAGCAAUUGAAUCAUUUAGCAGAUUUGUUUUGAAUUGUUUUCUGGGUAGUUUAGGUGUUAGUAGUUUAAAAUAGUUGGCAAGCUACUUGUUGCAAAAUGACAUUUCACUCAUUGUAUGAUGAUUCUUCGAAAUCAAACUGUAGAUACCUGUUUAGGGCAAUCAUGCGACAGAAAUAUGGGUUACAUGAGGUGGGCGGCUUGUUGACUCUUGUAUAACCUGAGCACCACCUUAAUGGUCGUAGUGUUUUGGGCAUCAGCUUACCAAGGGCAUCGCUGUCUGCUCUCACAUUCAUUUUGAUGCCAAAGUACUUGUGGAUCACAGACUAAAGCCCUGGAGUCAUGAAACAAGUAUUUAAAUGUGAUGGCCUUUCUCUCUUAAAUCCUUUCUGGGGUCGAGUCUCUUUUAGGCAAAGACAUGGAUAUCCUGAAUCCUGCCUCUUCCAUUAUAGCAGUAACAUCUCCUGCAUCAUGACAGCUUUUCUUUUGGCUGCGUUGCGUUUCAGUGAGAAAUCUCGUGGCUAUGUCUCCCUGAAUGAGCGAGCAAAGUUCAACUUUUAUGUGUAAAUUCUUUUCAAGCCUGUCGUAUGAUGUCACUUUGUUUUAAGGGUUAAGAGGCAGGCUUAGGUGCGAGUUGCCUUGUCUGUGUUUUGUAUUUGUCAUGCUUUUGUUACUGCACCUCACAGCAUGGAGAUAUUUAUUUCUUGUGAAGACAACCAAAGCCAAAUGCCAGCGGCCUUUUCAGCACUCAAUAGCUAUCACUACUAUCUAAUUAUGACCAAACUUGACUUUUGUGAGUAUUUUUACAUUUUAAAAGUAUGGUAAUCAGUUAACUCACAGGAUGACUGGCUUUAAAGUUGAUCCUGUUAUCUUUUUUUGUUAUUGCACACACGUGAGAUUCUGAUUGGACACUAUAGACAUACAGUGCUCAGCUUAAAUGAGUACACCCUUUCAAAACCAACAUUUUCUAUGUCAGACUAUACAACAAAAUACUCACCCACAUGUGGGCCAUUGAUUGCAAACACGAUUUUUUAAGUUGCAUACAAAAAAGUAUUUUUUUCAAUUUAAAAUCAGGAUGAAAAAAUGAGUUCACCCCAGUCAAAGUUCUGGGAGCAAAACUAAAUUUUAGUUACCAUAUCACCCUUAUUUUCAUCUUAUGGUAAAUAAAUUGUAUGUUAAACUCAGCUUUGUCAAAACAUUAGAAAUUGUACUUUUGCGCAUCUAAAUAUUGAAUACAUUACUUUAAUUAGGGGCUGUACUGACUUAUGCUGGGCACUGUAUGUGUUGGCAUCUGUGGCAUCAUCGUUGUUUAUUUCUAGAUAGCAGAAUUUGCAGUGUUUGCAGGUGAGGUAUUCUUUACUGUUGCUCAACUCUGCACCUGUCUUUAAUCCAUCAAAUGAAGAGUCAGGUUGAUAGUUUUCUAAAUGGCUGUAGACGAAGUCUAUUUGAUGUACAACACAGUAUACUGUGAUCAAAUGAUCAGUUUUAGUUAUCUAUUUUUCAUAACAGGAAAGGGAUUCCCUCUCUCUUUGUCCUCCAGAUCGGUGACAUCAAUGUAUCCAAGCUCACACAGUGUCUAAAGUAAGGAGAGACUAUCACUGUCAGUUUGCUUACACAGGGGUCUGAACCCCAGUUUUCAGGACAGCUGAUGAGACUUUAGCUGUCGCAGCAAAUGUCAAUAUAGAAGAAGUUCUAAAGUUAGCUCUUCGACCGACCCCCAAACACAACCACAAUGACAAAAGGAGGCGAAACAGGAAAUCUUUGUGCCGAGAGUGUGCGUUGGGAACAGAUGACCAGGAAGAUAAAAAGCGCUAACAAAGUGGAAACUUCCACCAAGGGAUGUUAUUUUGCCUUGUGUGUGUUUUUUUUCUCUGGUUUUCUCUGUUUCACAAAGCCCUGCGUUUCCUGGAAAACACAGAAAGAGGUUGUUCGUUUAGUUUUGAUGAAAAAGCGAGUAGUGUGAGUGCUGAGCAGUUCUCUGUUACUGAGGCUUCUGUGCCCCCUCAGUCAUACAUGAUGUGAGGAGGUCAUGUUAAUGUUUAAACCCGCUCCAAGUGAGUUAAUGCUUUACUCUGCGAACACUGUUUAAGUGUGAACGUAACAUGUCUGAAAGUGAGGUGGGGAGGGCAGGUGGGGGGAGGGGACAUGUUGAUGUUAAAGGUGGCAGACGUCAAAUAUAGCAGAUUGAGUUAUGAUUAAAUUGAACACAUUUUUCAACCCCAGUCAACAUUCAGAUCAGACCAUAACUUCCUUAUGCUCAUCCGCCUCUCCCACCUUCUCUCUCUCUCUCGCUCUUUCUCUCUCUCUCUCUCUCUCUCUCUCUCUCUCUCUCUCUCUCUCUCUCUCUCUCUCUCUCUCCUGGUCUUCCCUCCCUCUUUGGAUGAUUGAAUGAAUGUUACUGAAUGAUUACUUGACUAAGAGUUCCUGGCCCCGCCCUUCAAGAAAGAGUUAGUGCAGCAAUGAAAGCAAUUACUCAGUUGCCUAUCUCAGAUAGUGGAGUAAAAGCAGCACUGUGGUGCUGUGCCGAAUGGAAAAAGCUUGAAAGGACUAUGGAGUUGUUUGAUGAGAAAACAUCUCCAACAGGCCUCAGAGAAGAUAUCUAGUGCAUCUUAAGACUUUGGUAAGUCUUUGUAUUUCUUUCUUAUUGUCAAAGUUUUGUGGAAAAAAAAGCAAUUUUUGCUGCUCUGUUUGAGUUAAAACUUUGAUAAAUUCUUCCAUCAAGUUUCUCCAGUGUCUCACUGGAUAACAGAUGGGUUGUUGUUUCUGAUCUCAGCCAGAAAGUUUAGUUUUUGAAGUGAAAUAUUUCGAAGAACCACGACAUGGUCUUGUUAUUAGAUCACCUGUUAAAGCUCAUAAAUGUAGAACACCUGUUUGCCUUUCAAACGCCCUUUCAUGUGAAUGUUGGUCUUUGUGUGAGCUGUUUGCAAAGAUAGCAGUCUGACUACCAAGGUCUGUGUUCUUUGGACAGUUACCGUAGAUUGUUAGGGCUGGGGUCAGAUGGCGCCUGGCUGGGUGAGAAUUUCACAGCUGCACAUGAAAGAGGAGCGACUGUGGGAUGGUAGAUUGAGGUUGAGAGUGAAGGAUUGUGUUGACAAUGGGGGGAGAAAUCUCUUCUUGAGCAUGAGGCUACUUACAGAUGAAUUCAUUUUUGAUGAGCAUGCAUGCAGGAUGAGAAGCUCUUCCUGGUAGAUAGCUGCUGAAAGUUUCAGUUGCUCCCACUCCGACUGUAAAAGGUUUGGUAAUAGAGGAUAAAGUGAACAAAACAAGACACAAAUCUGGCUAUUUUUAUCACACAUUUAAACACGGGUCACAUGCACGCUGUCUUUACAUUACACAGCAGAUGUCGGUCUGCCAGGUUAUUUCGAGCAAAGUAGGAAUGCGCAAGUGUUACCUCCACAGUGUAUGUCCAGCUGCACAAAACAACUGCUCUGUUUUUCUGAUGUGGAGCUGUUUGGCACGGCCAGUGCUGGUUGUGCUGUUGCACCUGUCUGUUAACUGAACCCUUUAAUUUGACCAUCAGGUUGGUUUUGCCUUAUCUUUUCAUGUUGUUUGAUUGCAUAUCAAGGAAAAAUUCUUGUAGUAAAAUCUUGGUAUAAAACUCUCUUAUCAGUGUUAUUAAUAACCUAAGUUAGUUCACAUUUCUCUUUCGCAGCAGAAGAUUUAAAUUAAGUGCGCUGCAAAAACAUUUUGACACACAGAAGAGUAUUUUUUUUUUUUAAAUGCUAUGAUAUGGGUCAUGCUAAAGUGUGAAAUUUUCCUUGUCCAUUCAUGGAGUCAAAGAGCUUUUUGGCAUGCAGCAUACACAACAACCAUUUAUUUUGCCCAUACUAGGGCUGGGCGAUAAACUCAAAAUUUACCAAUACCAAAAUUUACGACAAUAACCGACAUCAUUUUGCCCAUAUCGUUAUAUUCCGUGUCCAAAAAUUAAUAAAUAAAAGUUGGUUUUGGAUGUGUGUAGGUAGGCUAUGGUCCCAUGUCCCUUUAAGGCGCUGUCCUAUGUCAGAGAUGUGACUCCACUCCAUCCAGUCCGUAUCAAAGAGGGAAAGACAGGUGAGGAGAUGGAUGACGGCUUAAAAGUUGUAGUGGCUGGAGCGGCAGGUGAAGUAGACGAAGUUAAUGUGGGAGGGGGUGAGCAGCUUGUGGAGUAGUUAUCGUCCAUUUAUUAUUAUUGAGGUGAACUGCUCAAUAUAUUGUGAUAUUGAUUUGAGGCCAUAUCGCCCAGCCCUAGUCCAUACGAACCCUGAUUUUCUGUACUAUAAAUCAAGCAUUUGAUUGAAAUACAAAAAUCAACAACAAAACCUUUUAUUGUUAUUUUUUUUGGCCGCCCUUUACUUGGCAGUUUAAGCGAGCACUCCAUUUAGAGAGGUUAAUAGUCUGACUAGUUGCUGCAUGUCAUCCCCCUCUCUCCACCGCCCUUUAUCUUGUCUCCCAUCAGCUGUUCUACCCAGAAAAGGCAAAAAUUAAUGGAAAAAAUUAUUGGUUUAUAAAACAAAAUUAUUAUUCAUGUGUUUCCAUGGCUGCACUUUGCUGCAAUGAAAUCAAACUGUAACAUUGUGAAGCCAGGUGAAGAAGCAGCAAGUCAUUAAAAUGUGAUAACAAACAUCUUAUGUAAUUCACAAAGCCUGUGUGUUAAUACUUGGAAACAUGAACUCACACAUGGUUCAAUAAUACACAUACAGUAUGUAAGGCUUUAGUGUGUCGUAGCAAGGUUCGACAUUUGUAGUCCAUUAAAAGCGGAUGUGUUGUUUCUGAGGAAUUCUGGAUUUCAGCUUUGGUUCUACUGGAAGAAUUGAGCCAUGAAAUACUCACUGUUGUGUCUCUGACCUGUGUGGGAAGACGGGGCGCUCGCACACAAAGCAAUGAUGUGAUGUUUCACUUUAACAAAGAUUAGUUCUUGUUGCCUUUAGGAGGGGAGAGAAAUGAGGGGUUGACUCUCGCAGGGGAGUGGUGCUGUGCGGCAGAGAUGGACCGUGAUGUUAAGUUCAGCCCAAACUGUAGCUUUAUUAUACUUUGUUCAUUUCACAUGCUGUAGUUAACUUCUUAUUUUUGCCAUUGGUGCAAAGAAAAAGGAGUUUGAGAUUUCAUACUGGAAAUAGGACAACUUAACGCUGUUGUUAUUGAGAUUAAAUGCAUGCAACAAUUACCUCAGGACUACUUUGCAAUAGGGCUGUUCCGAUAUGAUAUUGAGAUCAGAUAUCUGUCCGAUAUCAGCCAAAAAACAAAUAUCUGAUUAUAUCAGCCUGCAUCUAAAAUCUCUAUUAUCAGCACUCUGAUACAAGCAGUCCAUUCCAGACUCCGCUCUGGCACCUCUAGCUAGUAGCGCCCGGAUCCAGCAUGCAGAUCUCGCGUGAUCACAACAUCAAUGUGUACUAAGGUACUAACAAAGUAGCAAGGAGUAGAAGUGAUGUUGGCUGUAUGGCAGUAUUUUUCAUUAAAGUCCAAAAAAUACUUUGCUGCUGAGUACAAAACUUGUCAUGCACAAGCUUGUGCCGAUAUCGUAUCAAUAUCGGUAUUGGCCGAAACUAAAGGCUACAAUAUCGGUAUCGUAUCGCAAGUAAAAAAGUUGUAUCGGGACACCCCAAGUUUGCAACAUCACUUGUUUGUGUUUAGGAGUGUUUACUUUGUUUCAGGUCCAUCAUUGCAUCCUGCAUGUAGUUGAUAGGUUACUAAAAUAUAGAGAAAGCUGUAUCAAACCCUCAUGCUAAGAUAAGAUAAAAAGGAGGAGAGACUAUUUCACAGCAGUGUCUCAUUAUUAUAGAGAGGUCUGGGUAUUAUGCAGUCUGUAAGCCCUUCUCAUCCCCUGACUGAAAAGACCUCCACUCCCUGUAACCAGCUAUCUUUGCAGUUCUUGCAGAACAGUUUGGGGUCAGUGGGCUGCCAAGGGAAAACUUUUUUUGUUACAAGCCUGCAGAGGAAGCUGUCCAUGCUGUGGCAUCUCUGACCCUCUUUUAUUUAGAGUGCAGAUAGGAAACAGAAUCAUAAAGUCUCCACAGGAAGUAGACAAAGGCUCAAAUGCAGGGAAGAGGAAAGAGCCCUCUGACGGAACUUGAGAAAAAAAAAGUUCAAGAAAAGUGAUUUAUCUGUGAUCAUGUGACCUGCUGAGACCUUCCAUUAGUUAGAGCUGCAUUGCCAGAAUUAUUGAAACAAGUAAUGAGAUUGGAGAGACGAUGCAGGUUUUUGUAAAUAAAUGAAAAGAAAAAUGAAGGAUGGAGGUAAAAAUGACCAAAAUAAUGAAAAGCGUCAGGUUGACUUCCACCUUGAAUAACUCAAAGAACUCUGUCACCUAUAAAGGAAAAUAAGGAUUCCACCGUUAUGUUUUGGGGUGAACUCCUUCUUCAUUUUUGUAAACAUGCAUCUGGCCCCAUAGCUCCACCCCCUCUGAUUUAGUAGUGGCGGUUAAGAGGGUCUGGGACAACCUGAUUACAUUGAACAGGAAGUUAGAGGAGGGAGAGGUCACCAACUACAGACCCCCAAACACACUGCAGCACAUGAUAAAGACAGAAAGUGAAAACAACUACAUAAACAACCCUACUCAAGCUUAGUCACAGUUAGGAACACACAAACAGGAGUGAAUGCAGCUCUAACUGGAACACAGGUUGUAAGGUAGGCUUAUUACUGUUUCUCAGGUCUGGAAUAUGAUAUUAAGGAUGUUUUACUUGAAGAGUAAAUAGUUUUUUUUGCUUUUGUGUGGAGCUUUGGGGCACACUUUUUCAGUCUUGGAGCUGACAGUUGGGGUUUUGUUUUGGAGGCUGGGGCUGCAAGAUAGCUGGAACUGUGUAACCACCAAAUCACAUGCUGCUUUGUAACUCUCCAUACAACCAUUUUCUUGGAUGCAAAUAGCCUCGCUUCCAUAGCACUAAAGCUGUUGGACCAUAGCAGACCACUCAUUAGUUCCACAAGGCAUAUUUACAGCCUGAAAAUUUUAUUUCCUUUAGGUUAACAUCCGCUCAUUCACUCUUAAUCUCAAGAAUAAAAAGCAGAUCAUCGCAUUAACUAACAAGGAUAUAAUUUUACACUUUGUAAAAUUGAACACAUUUACAAAUGUCUUCAAAAGACUUUGUAAAAACAGACUGAGUGUGGGGAUUUCAAAACCCUCAGUGAGGUCCAAUGGCUGUCCAAGCUGUCUCUAUACAGUUCUCUGCUACGCUGUAUGACGGACACUAGAUUAAAGAAGAAGUAUUUGUUUAUUUUUAAUGGCUCAGGUGAUGAUCAAACCAGCAUACAAGCAUUAAAUACAUUAUUACUGUUUAAACACAUUAUAUUCCCAAAUUAUCCAGCAAUAGUGUUGUUUAUGUGGCCUCAGUUUGAUCGUUGAAGUCAAUAAUGAUAAUGAUUUCUGAUAGGUGUGGGUAAAAAAACGAUACAGCAUAGUAUCGCGAUAUUUUGUCUGGUGAUAUAUCGUAUCGUCUCAUUUACCGAGGAUUGAUCUUUUCAAAUUAAUUGUCAAUAUGAAGUCAAAUCUAUGACAAUGGAAAAAUAAAAUCAACUGUUUGUCCAGCGGUGACAUCAUAGAGCAGUAAAAAGUUAGUGCAACAAAUAUAGCAGCACUUGGGGAAAGACAUUAGGAAUGUAAGCAGGGCACAAAUGAGAUGUACCUAACACAUAAGAUUUGCAAGAUGUGUUACAUGAAAAUAAAACAGUGUAAAUAAGACAAAUAUAAAGGAAAUACUAAUGCUAAAUUAGCUAAACAGUUAAAAAAUAUGUAUAAAUCGCAAUGUUUCGUAGUGCAACACUCACUGUAUUGCAAAAUGUUAAAAAUCACGAUAAUAUUGUAUUGUGGCAUCACUGGUGAUUCCCACCCCUAAUUUUUUAUGUUCCAGUUUUGGGUUGUGCCAGCUGUUGUACUUAGGUCAGCCAAAAAUGUCUUACUUUGCGACAACCCUGAUUCCCAUAAAGUUUGGUUACAGUGUAAAAUGUUAAUUAAAAACUAGAUUUGAUGGUUUGAAAAUCAAAAUAGCACAAAGAUAAUACAUCAAGCGUGAAAACUGGGAGUUUGUAUUGUUUUAUGAAAACUAUCAUUCUGAAUUUGAGGCCAGCAACAUGAUUCAAAACACUUGGGAAGGGGAUGUUUACAUUUAUGUUGCAUUACCUCCUAUUUCAACAACACUCAGUGAACAUUUGGGAAUGAAUGAGACCACAAUGUCAGCAACUAAUAGCAGAACUGGCUGACUUUAACCACUGUCCACUAGCUGCUGGACCUCAGACAUGCACUUCUGUUAUGGAAGUCCCCUCUCCUCCCAGCAGGAGGAGGGCUGAUGACGUUGGCUGAGCAGCCACACUUAGCCAAAGGCCAUGCACUCUUACUUGUGUGUUAACUGCCCUCUGUGGUGCUCAAGGAUAUAAAAAUAGCUGUUUAGCAAGAAUCCCAGUCAUGUCUGGCUAACAAAGACUGAUUUAUACAAGUUGUAGCACUGGGCAUAGAGAAGCUUUUGUCCCUCCCCUCCUUCUCCCUGUGCAGACCUCGUCACCAAGGCCAUGAGCGCCAAAACCUCUGACGCUCUUGAUGCUCCUCUCUUAGAAUGGCCUUUGUUUAAAAUAGUCCUACGGUCCUGAGGUUGCCCAAGUGAGGCUUAGGGAAGCUCUGUGGUCUACAAACUUGCGUAUUUGUUUACUGCAUUUGUGUCAGAUUGCAGUGUCAUGGAAAUAUAUUAAGUCGCUGUUUAGCCUCUGUGCGUCAGAGGAUGCCACGACCUAAUAUUCCUUUAUUUGCUUGGGUAAUUGAAAACUUUCUCUACGUUCCCUGAAUUUCAUCCUUGCUCAAAUGUCUGGAAAGAUGGAGGGAAUUUGUUUUAAGGCCUUGAUUCCUGAUAAAAAAAAAAAAAAGAAAAUUCCUCUCGUGAUUUUGCUGUUGUGUAAUAUUUCUUGUACUCUCAUCUUGGAUAAGCAUACCUUUCCAGGCCUUUUAUUGGCGUCAACACUUGAAGGACAUUUUAGAUGUAUGACCUUCUUAACUGAAGCUGUUUAAACAUUAUGAGCUACAGCUAUUGCAACAAAUGCAGUGUUUGAACCAUCCUCUGAAACGGCUCUGAGGGAAUCAUUUUCAUGUAUAUUCUUCCACAUAAAUGCUAAGAUCAGCUGCAGGCACUGAUAAUUCAUUUACAUUUUUCUUACUUCGCAGCAUCUUUCUGAUGACACUGCCCAAACAGUACACAUAUAAAUACUGACACGCUGCUUACUGUUUAAUUUCCUGCCUGAGAGAGCAGGACUGUGUGAGAAUAGAGCAAGUGCAAGAGAGAUCUGUUUUUAAUCAUAAUCCUAUCAACUGAGCACAUAAGGUGGUCUGUUUUCUCUGUGUUCGCAGAACCACGUCGUUGUCUUGUGGUCAUAUGUGACAUUUUUUACUGUUAUCACAAAAAUCUUGACCUUCUCUCCCCCGUCUUCACCCUGCGCUCUCCCUUGCUCUGUGUUUUUCUGAACAAACAGAGAGACUGUCCUAGUCAGUAUGAGUCAGUGCAGCUGGGGUGCAGGUCAUUUACCCACAGCCCACUCAGACGGGACAGAUGGCCUGACCACUCUCAUGCUGCUAAGUGCUAACUAGGCAUCCAGACUCUGAGCUAAGCUAAUGCUAAUACUCAAAGGGUGAACAGGGGGAAGCCCAGCUACUGCUGUCAAGAACAUUAUUUAUUAUUCACAGAAAAGAGUCAUGCAUUGUGAAAAAAGAGUUUAAACCAUAUCAGUUGUGCAGUUUUGCAUUCACCAAAGCUUGAGAACACAUAGCUUCAUUUUUAGGUCUGUUGUACAGAUUCAGGAGUCCAGUGUUGCUGAUUUUUCUGGAGAAUACACCAGUCUGAAAGUUCUUCCCCCUAAUUGUUUUGUUUUUCUUUGCUGUUUAAUUAGUACUCAUAAUGAGUUUGACUCUUAUUCAAGUCUAAUGUCAAAAAUUAUUUGUGCACUUGUGACUAAAAAUUAUGGAUAUUAGACCUUGGCGGAGUAUUGCAUGGAUUCUGUAAAGCUACAGAGUGAGGCUGUACCUGUCAUAAAUGCUAUGUCAAGUAUCUAUAACUGUAAUUCUUCUCUAAAGUUAGUUUUGUCCUCCAAUAAGUGUGUUUACAAAUGACUUAAAAUUGCACACUUUAGUUUUUCAUUCACGUAGGUUUAACCAGCUGUACAAGAAGGUUCACUCUGUGUUGUGUUGUGUUUGUAUUGUGAUGUUUUAGAGCAUCUCUCCACCCCUUGGAUACCUGCAGGACAUGAUUCAGGUGAUGCAAGUUAUCAGAUGUGAAGGACAGAAACCAUCUAUUUUUAGGGAAUUUUGAAAGCAACAUUUUCUUAUUGUUUGCUUUAAUAUUGGUUCUUUUUUCUGCCUCUCUCAAAUCACUGAUGGGACGACAUAAUGAGAUAACAGACACACAGAAUCUCUCCUGUAGAACACCAAAGUUUUAGCUUUUCCUUUAUGUUGUACAUGGUUUUCAAAAUAAGUUGCCUAGAGGAGAUUUUUAAGUCAUCGCUUUUGUGGAUGUGGUGUUUUCGUUAAUAGUGCCCUGCAUUUGAUUUUGGUCCAUUGCAUUCAUUGUGCAAAAUGAGCAGAUGUGCGUGUGUCAACAUAAAAUGGCAUACAUGAACCAGCUUGUACAAAUGACAACACUCAUACGUGUCCUUGUGUCAAAGGACACAAUCCUGUGUCCUAACUGCCCCUGCAGUAAUAAAGAGACCAACAGCCCCGCGCCUCCAUCGUUUACCGUUAGAGAUACAGAGGAUGAUUCCAAGUAUGCAGUUUAACAGCCUGUGAAGACAGCACAUGCACAUUAGCAAUUAGUUCCCUCGGAGGCUUUUUAGGCUACAUUAAGCUAUCUAAACCAUGAAGCACAAUUAGCUUUUAAAGUGCAUAAAGCUGAGGUUGGUGGAGCUUGAGUGGUGCUGGCAGAAUGGUUCACCAGAAACAUAUUUGGACUGAUGAAUUAGCUCAAACUAUUGUAAGAGCGGUUGAAGUUGUAGCGGCUGGAGCGAUGGCUGAAGUAGAUGACGUUAAUGUGGGAGGGGGUGAGCAGCUUGUGGAGUAGUUAUCGUCCAUUUAUUGUUAUCGAGGUGAACUGCUCAAUAUAUUGUGAUAUUGAUUUGAGGCCAUAUUGCCCUGCCCUAGGUUGAUUAGACACAUGAGCUUAACAUGUGUUUGAAAAUGCUGAACUGUUCCAUCAUGCACUGAAGAUGGUGAGGGAUGAGUUGCUUUUUUAAUUUUUAAGAAUGGGCUUUUUUGACCUGUCAUGAUGAGCAAUCAAUCUGCAUACUUGGAGUGUCAAGACUAGAAGUCAGUCAUUUUCUGGGAAUGUUUAUGGGUCUUCUAUAUAGUGUUUGUGUUUGUGCUUAUCCACUGUGGAAUUUCCCAGCAGAUUGAAGUGGAAAAUAUGGGAUGAUUGUUUUGUGCAGUGGUUUAUUACUGGUGGAUGAAUUGUAGUAAGCAAGUAUGAGUAGAUUUGUGGCCAACGUGCCGAGACAUGAUGUCUUUAUUUGUAACAUAUUUAAUAAAACCACUCCACUCCAGAGCGCUGGAUGUACAGUUAAUUUAUCUUCUGUAUUUUUUUCCUUUUAUCAUUAAAUAUAUUUUUUCAAACCUCUCUCUUUUUGCACAUCUUAUGCCUUCUUUGUACUUGAUGCACUUCUGCCUCAUCCUCUGCCCUUUUCAUGCUCCACUGAUGAUGGGUCAGAAGGCCUCUGACGGCAGUGUGACUCCACUCAGUUGGCAUCUCUUCCUAACCCUACCCCCCUUCUUAGUCAAACCCUCAAUGCCCUCUCUGUCCGGCCCCCAUAGGAUGUAGGACUUCUGCGGGCGAAUAGAGGGUGUCUUCCUGUGUCUCACCCUAUCAGAAGACACUUAGGGAAAAUGGGAGGUGGUGGUUGUGGGGGGAAGACAGAGGGGUUGGCGGGGACAGCUGCCAUGCUGGGGGAGCCCUCCCCAUCCCAGUCCAGUAUCGUCCCAUGCCGUCCCAUUCCCAACACUGUGGCAGUGAACACUGGACUCCCACAAGCUAAAGUGGGCUCAGUGAUUGUUGAGAGAGCAGAAUAUGUUGGUGUUUUUAGAAGACUGAAGUGGAUCUAUCUUGUUGUCUGGCUAAGGCCUGUGAGGAUUAAUUCAACUCUGGCUACCAUGGAAUAUAAAAACCACAAAGCAGGACCACUUUCCUCAAUAUAUUCUUGAUGAGCUCUGAGAGGAGGUUUGUAAUGAAGCUCAAAAACAACAUUUGGAGACGGUCAUUGAGGUAUGUUAGAAGUUUACAAUUGAAGCAAUGUUAUUGCUUCAAAAUCAGCACAACGUAAGUGAUUAUAUUACAUUAAAAUACAGUUCCAGUACAGCUGAUGGACUUCCAUUUAAACCAGUCAUCAUCAGUGAUCCAGGUUCUUCUAAGGCUGUAAAAUCUUGAGCAAGUCAAGACAAAUUAGGUUAAGUUACGUAACUGACUGAAUCUACUUUUUGGCAAAGUUAUGAGAUUUUGAAAAAAGGCAACGUGAGAUUCUGCAUGCAUGACAAAAUUCACAUGGUAAAAAUAUUGUCUUGGCAGCUCUUUAGAGGUUUGAAAGACAGGCUGAUUGAUUACUCAGAGUAGAGAAGUCCUGUUUUAAAGUAAGUAAAUCAGUGAUACAAGCACAACAGAUAUAAAUCUACAUGUCAGUUGUCUUUGCUGAACUGCAGCUUUUAAAAUUCAGACACAUUCCCACAUAAGUGAAAUACUGUUGCCUGCUCUCCCACUCUGCUGUCAGUCAGAUGCUAUGGCAGAAAAAAUAAAGAGAACACCUCAGGCAGCAUGAACGUCACAAAUAUACUCGAAACCUGCCUCCACUGGAUCACAAAUACAGUGGGAGGUAGAGGAGAAAUCUGAUUAACUACCCAGCUGCAGGAAAAUGUAACCAGAUUUUUGGGAUUAAUGCAAAUGGGACUUCCUGCUUUAAAUUGAUUUCAACCCAUUUCCCUGAUGUCUUUUGUAUAAAUGAAAGUGUAUCACUGUGCAUGUCAAUGAAACAUCAUUUCCGUCAGAUUAGAAUAGCUCUCUUUGUAGGUGGCUGUGUUCAGGACAGUGAAGAGUUUUUUUUUUUUUACUCUUUCUAGGUUUUCAUUUUGUAAGUGUUUAUUUUGUCUGGUGCUUAAUGUGGGCCAGAGAUGAGUGGUAUAAAACAGUGCAAGUGUGCGUAGUUGUGCAUGAGGAAAUCUGUGUGAAAGUCCACAGAUGGAGAAGAGAUGCAGAAUCUACCACGCAGCUUGUCGUCUAGAGCUACUGUCUGUAAGCAUGCUAAUGUGGCUGUGCAGAAAUAAUAGGUGCAGAUUAUCUUCAGGACUGAAAAACGCUUCUUUAAAAUUUGAUAAAUCCGUAACUUCUGCUAUUAAAGGUAUGAUCAUUUGGUAAUAACCGCAGCAUCUUGAAUUUAGAGCUGCAGUAGUGAUAAGCAAUUUAUUUUAACUGUAGCACCUCUGCUUUAUUCACAAGCAAUACUAAUACACAGAAAAGGAAAUAAGAUGUUGCCCCAUGCAUAUUGCUUAAUUUGCAACAGUAUGUGAAUCUGCAGUGUGCACUGAAACAGUUAUAAGGAAUGUAAUACAAGCUAAGAAGACGAUGAAGAAAAACAAAGCCCUAAAUCUUCACUGGAUAAUCAUUGACACCAGCAGCAACCAGCCGGCUGCAUACACUAUUGGUAUGAGAGGGUUCAUAUCUGAUAUGAGACAUCUCAAAAAGAGGGAUAUACUCAAGGACCUCUCUCUUUCUCGCUAUCACCUGUGGAGCAUAUUAGGCAUGGCCUAAUAUGCUCCACAGGUAUGAGCUCUGAACUGGAUGUUACAUUGCACCAAGUUUUUUUUUUUAAUCCUGCACUUGUGCCAUUUUCUGUCAUUUCUGCUAAAGUGUCGUGUCCUUUUGCCAUUUCUUACUUUCUUUCUUUCUUUCUUUAUCUCCCCUUCCCUUUACCUUGUGCCACAGAAAAUAACAUGCAUGUGAAACAUAGUGCGCUGUGUAGUUGCCUUAUUGUAAAAAGAACCUCGAGGAAAUAGAUUAGCUGUGAGGUUUUUUUAGUAAUCAAGUUUCUUAAGUUGUUCCAGGAAUCAUGUUAGCUAAACUUGUAUUUCUUCCUCAUCCGUUGAUACAUCCUCUUUUUCAUCAUAUUAUAGAUUUCUUUCCUGUCAUAUGCAAAUGUUGGCCCCUUGAAGUCAUCUGUAUGUUUACUUUUUUUAGCAGUUGGUCUCAUUUCAUAAUCUAUUUCCUCCUUUUUUGACUGUUAUCUUUGGUUUUUAUGACCACUUUAUGAUUAUUUCUUCCUUUUGAUAAUGUUUUACAGUGCCAGAGACACUGAGUGUUUGUCCUACACCAAUUCUUCUGUCGCCUCUUUCUAUAGAAAAACUGUUUUAUGAUAUCACUCUUGUCUGGUGCUGUUCUUAAAAUAGUUUCACAAUGUAAACAUCCAGAAACUGCUAAUCUCAGCCCUCUUUAAAUGUGGUCCUUAACGGUCAGUUACUGAUCUUCCCUCACUUUGAUUUGACAAGGCCAAAUGAUCAAAUAUUGAAUUUAUUCUGAGGUUCAUUUCUGCUCUCUGAGUUUGAUCCAAUAGCUGCGAGGCUUCUUUAAUCCUUAAAUCUUAUUUCUCUGCUCUUUUCUAACUCUAUUUUUUAUUGAACCUUUAUUUAACCAGGAAGUCCCACUGAGAUUAAAAAUCUCUUUUACAAGAGAGACCCAACCAAGGUAGCAGCCAUACGAAGUCAAAAAGUAAAUAAAACAGGUAAAGGUACAUGUUACAUAAAUAAUAAUAAAUCAGUAAAACAUUAACAAUCAUUAAAACAAUAAAACAGAGUAACAGCUAUUCAAAGAAAAUGGCCUCUCAUGAAAAACAGUGAUAUUCCUCCUUCACUGCAUUCUUUAUGAUACUGAUAAACUCUGACAAAAGUACUUUAUGAGUAGUGCUUCUUUUUCAAUAGUGUCCCACUUCUUGCCUCUCUCUCCAGCAUAUACAACUUACCAUGCUAUCAACACUCUCAGCCUGGGCGGGCCUGGCCUCACUGUAACCUAAGCCCAGGGUCCUUCUGUUCCCCACAGGGUAACUUGACCCAGGACUGCUUUGUCAUGUGCCAAAGAGAGAGAGAGGGAGAGAGAGAGAGAGAGAGAGAGAGAGAGAGAGAGAGGUUCCUUCCCCACACCCUCCAUCCUUUGUCCCAUCAGCACAGCACAGACCCAUCGGUGUUGUUUUUGCACAUUCACUCCAGCUUUUAUGGUUAAGUUUGGUCUUUGAGUUUAACUGCUUCAAGGGGUGUAUGUUUAAUAGGUCUGAGCUUCAUUUGGACUGUGUGUGUGUGUGUGUCUGUGUCUGUGUGUGUGAUUAUAUAAUACUGCUUUUGAACUGCAGCAUAUGAAACGCACUGCAUGUGUGAGUAGUACAAUAUGUCAGUGUGGGAUGUGAGUAGUGUUUUCUUUUUCUGUGAUACAGUGUCUGGUGUUUAUUGUUUCAGUGUUAUUUGUCUGUGUGAUUUCUGUAAGUCUGGUGUGUUUUGCCGGCAGUUUCAAUCUGGGGGCUUUGCAGGUCUGUUUGUUUCUCCAUUCUGUUGGUGGAGGGAAAGGUUCGAUGCUCUUCAUGCUGUCCCGUCCAGGGCUGGACCACUUACAAACAACUCCCUGUAGAGGGGGAAAAAAGCCAAAAGAUAACAAAGCAAUACAAACAACUUCACAUCAUUAUUAAUGCACUUCAAAUCCCACCCAGCAACGAAAUUUUGUUUGCAUUCCUCUUCAUUCUUACAUUCCUUGUCCGACAUGAUUUAAAUGAUAGAUCAACAUCAUCAAAAUCACAUUUACAGUCAUGGGAAAGUUUUGUUUUAUCACUUAUUUAUAUGAUUUUAUGUUGUCAACAUUUUUUAAACUUUUUUAUUUUCACAUGUUGCUAUUACUAUAUAUUUGUGUCUCUUUGUGUUCAUGUGUAGGGUAGGGAUGGGCGAUAAGGCUAAAAAAAUCAACACAAUAAGAUUUGACUGGCAAUAACAAUAAAAGUCCCAAAAAAUAUUAUAGUUCCAAUCUUCAUUUUUGACUCAUUUUGUCUUGAGAACACCAGUUGGAGUAGUCAAAUAAGAUACUUAACCAUAAGUUUAAGUGGCAGGUUACAGAGAAAACUAAUGACAUCGAACAGGUCUCAAAUGUGAAAACAUUUUCAACAAUUGUUGAAAACUUUUAUUGCACAGAGUGAACAGCAGCAGAUUCACUGUCUGAUGUCAGACAAACCUGACUGCACUCAUAUAAGCCCCAAUCUUGAAAAAAAUCCCUCAUGUGGAGCCUUGUUCAGUAACGAGCUGCUCAGAAACGUCUUCUUCAUUACCUUUGACCAUGUUUGUUUGUUAUUCUGCUCUUAGUGAGCUAUGGCUGCGAGUCCAUUGCUCACAUUUACGUCAUCAAUUUGCAUCUAUCGUUUUUGUCAUGAGAUGGAAAAUAUUUAUCAUGGAGGAAUUUUCUGAUGAUAUAUUUUGAACAAUUAUUUAUUACCCAUCCCUAGUGUAGGGGGUUUAUUGCAUAGCCUUCAGGUAAAAUCACAGCACCCCAAUGCCCAUCUGUAUAAGCAUGGGGCAAAUAAAAACUUGAAUCCAAACUGUUUUAUUUAAGAAGAAGAAGAAGAACUUUAUUGAUCCCCAAAGGGAAAUUCAGUAAUUUAAGUGACCGUUCAUAGCUUUUGUAGCCAAAAGAAAUGCCUCUAAAUAUGACCAUUUUUGGAUGCAUUAAAAUAAAUUCCUGCAGUUACUCUUACAAGCUUGGCUAGUGUUUAGAGGGAGGGUUAUUUAAGUCUUCAAACAAAACGUUCAUAUGCCAUGACUACCCUAAAUGAAGCAUUCAUGAACUCCACAAUGAAAUUGAAAUGAAAUGCUGCAGGGGAUGUUCUCUAAAUAAAACUAUAAACACCAUGAGCUGGAAAACACAGCACAGUAUUAGCUUAGCACCCUUAACAAUUCUGCCUCUGGCUUAUUUAUUUUUCAAGGACACAAGAGAUUUUACUCUUACUGACCUCUUUAUCUUUUUAACAACAACUGUGAUAUGAAUGCUAUGCCUGCAAUGUAAACAAGAUCAGAUGCUGUCUGGGUUGUUAAUUUGGCUGUUUAAAAUAGCUGUGUACUUUGAAUUGCAUUGGCACAGGGAGGCCUUAAGUGUCUUUGUUAUCGCAUACUGAAAAAUCUUUGAGAAGAUGUGAUAUAAGUCAUCUGUUGCUGUCUAUCUCCUUAGUAGAAAGAGCUACUGUGAUCUGUCAUUUUUGUUUAUGUUCAUGUAAGGGUUUCAAUCAUUUGCUUACAUCAUAUUUUCUCCGUCUCUUCAUGGUGCCCUAUCUCACAUGCAUUACGUCUUUUCUGGAAAAAAAAAAAAAAAAAUCCACUAACUGCUUUUUUCUUUUUAAAGAUUUGGUUAUUCACCCCAACCAGGGUGCUAGACCAAACUAUGCAGCUUUUGUUCUGGUCAUCUCAGACACAUACUUCUGGUUUCAGGCCUCUUCCUUCUGGCUCAUGCAGCUGGUGGAGAAUGCACACAGAGACACAAGCUAUGCUAGAACACACUGGCUAAACUGAAAAAAUAAAGCAUUUAGCCAGCCUGUGGUCAGCUGGGAAUGGAGCCGUCAUUGUGAGAACACACAUAUAACCUUUGGCCUCAUUUCUCUGCUCACCCUGCAGGCAUGGAAGAAGCGGUGGUUUGUUCUUCGCAGUGGCCGUCUGACAGGCGACCCAGACGUGUUGGAGUACUACAAGAAUGACCAUGCCAAGAAGCCCAUCCGCGUGAUCGAUCUCAACUUGUGUGAGCAGGUACGGUCUGGUAACCCAGUUGCACAGUUCUUGAUAUACUAUUUAUUUUUUUUAACAAAUCCUAUUGGUCGUGCCUUUCGCUCAAUCAAGUUUUUACAUUUGGGUUGUUUCUAUCAAUACAUGGAAAAUAAAAUAUACAAGGGAUACCGCAAACUUUGAAAAACCCCUCUCCUCAUGCAGAGAUACUCAAUUGCCUUUCAAAUAGAGGAAGAAACUGAGCAAAUACUGGUGUUUGAUUGACUGAAACUUUUAAUAUUUGGUUUUAAAUGAAAAUCAGUCACUUGAUGAAUGCUUAUCUAAACAUUUGCCAACAGAGAUUUUUACAGUCGGCUGAGUAGCAAGAGAAGCAACUAUUUACCCUCUACUGUUGUUCGUUAAUUUGUUUUUUAAAGGCGGUAAAUAUUCAGUCAUUAACUGUUUUUGAUUUGUUUCAUGUUAAAUAAUUAGAUAAACAUCUCUUGUCCUUUCAGGUGGAUGCUGGGCUGACGUUCAACAAGAAGGACUUGGAGCACAGCUUCAUUUUCGACAUUAAGACCAUUGACCGUGUCUUCUACCUUGUGGCUGACACUGAAGAGGAGAUGAAUAAGUGGGUUCGCUGCAUCUGUGACAUCUGUGGUUUUAACCCCACCGAUGACGGUAAGGAAGGGCAUUUGUUGGUGAGAUCCACAUCACUGCUGCACACUGCAUCCAAACAGCUUUAUUGUGUUGAAUCUUAGAUGAGACCACCUGAGGGGACUUCACAGAGAGUGACAGAUUUUUUUUUAUGACCUUGUCCUUUGCAUUUUUUUUUUUUGCCAUGAGGUCUAAAUUCUCAGGAGAAGUUCUCUGAAUUGUUUCAGAGGUUGAAAGGAUAUAUGUAUUUUUGAAAAUCCCUGUAACGUCACCCAUCAAGGUAUAAGCUGAGAACAGUCCUUAAAAACAUCUUGAUCUUGUCUUUUAGGACUUAGCGCAUUGUGAACAGCAAUAUGGCUAGAAAAGAGCCAGUGCCAUGCAUAAUUUGUCAGUGGUAGCAGUUGAAUAAGUAUCCUGUAAAAGGAGAUGAUGUGUGUUAGCAUGCGUAGGUCCACUUUCAUGUGUCACUCCUGCAAUAUGAGGUGUCGUCUUCCCAGAUAUAAUCUGAAAAAUGAUUCGAAUAGAUUAGAGAUUAGAUAGAACUUUAUUGAUCUUUUUGGGAAGGGUCCCUUAGGGAAAAUAAAAAUAUAUGAUGUUAGCAACAGUAUUUAAAUUCUCAAUUGAAAACGUGUCAGUGUGUAACUUCAUGCAACAUAAACUUGAUUCAAAGAUGGAGGAACAGAAAAAUUCCUGACUAGCCGCUCCAGAUCAUCACCUGCUGUCCACAGACAAAUCAUGCAACAUUACUCUAUUAGCUUAGAAACUACUUGCAAUAGGUUGAUGGGUCUCUUGAUUCCUCUCAGCUGUUAUUCUCUUCCUUCCUGAGGGUGUUCGGUAAACUAGCUGAAUCUGUUGGAAGGUCUCUAUUCAGCAGAGUUCUCACUAAGGUCUAAUGAUCCAUGUGUUGAUCCAUGUGUUGUGUUGAGGUUCACGUUACUCUUGUUCCCAGUACCGGAUAAUCAAAGCAUUGUGCGCCUGUCGGUCUCACUGCCCCUCUUUGGCCCUGGCCCUCUAAUCCAAUUCUUUUUCUUUUCACUUUGCAUGGGAAAGUGUAGUUUUAAACUUGGUUAUUUUAUCUCAGUCUUCUGUAGUAUUUCAGUGAGAUAAGAACUGGCAAUAAAGUUGCUCUCAUUUACAGUCUUACAUAUCCCACCACAAAGGUUUUUUUCAUGAAAUAAUGUACUUUUCAAACCUGGCAAGUGAGUCACCGAUGAUGCUGCUCCAAGGUCGUCCUCUGCUGAGUAUUGUGACUUCUUCUCAACAUAGAAAGUGUUGCAAGGCACCUUUUGAAUGGGGUUAUUGGAACUAGCUGUUAAAGCUGAUGUGAAAACAAACAAUAAGGAGAAACUGGGUCCAAGACAGAUGUUCUUGCAAACAGCUCUACUCUAAAAGAAUGCCCCUGGAUCUCUCUGUUUGUGCGAGUCUACUCCUACUCUUCUGUCGUGUGUGGCCAUGCUAGAGUGCCUCAUGGUUGUUCAGAUAUAAGAGGAAGGGGGAACAAUAGGAAGGCCGGGGAAUGAACACUUGCAUUAGGAGAGGGGAUUUUCCUUUACCUGUAUGAAUCAGCACUUACAGCUUCAACAAAAAAAUGAGGGAGAAAAAGAAGAAGGUGGAGGAGGGAGAGGAGCAAAUGAAGUUCUAUAGAGAUAGAAAAUCACUCCUGAAAGAAGAGAACAGGGGGACCUUGUAUUAGAUAAAACCAUGCCAGUUAAAGAAGAGAGUGGGAGGAGAACUGUGAAAAGAGAGAAAAAGUUGAAAGACGUGGAAUGAAAACAUAGAUUUCAGCGAACAUACGCACCAGCCAUUUUGGCUCUCAGUGUAUUCCAACAAUCGGGUCAAGCAGAAAGGUCUGAAAGGGACUCAGAUAUGUGAAAACUCAGUGUGACAAAGCAGCAACCUUGAGGAAAUGCUGUCUGAGGAGGAGUGUGUGGGUUCCUGAAGGCAAACACUGUAAUGCUAAAUAUUUGAGAUCUUCUGUAGGUUUCAAAUGCAUACGCGUGACAUCACAUGAAGGAGUAAAAUGGUGAUGACCAAUUUUUGAUUCAUGUGAGAAGAACCCAAAAAAUCUUGUGAUUCAUGCCCCACAGUACAGCAAGCAGUAGUGUAUCAAUGUUUUUUCCCCCAUUUCUAUCUCUACUCAAGUACUAAGAGGUUUUGGAUUCUCGAAACUGUAGUUUGUAUUUUUCUGGGGGGUGAUGGGGUGGGGGGUUCAAUGAGUAAACCCAGUACAGUGAGCUUCCCCAAAGAUACCCUCCAGAUUGGCUCUAGGGUUGUUGAAUCAUCUGCCACUCUAUUCUUGGAAUUAUGGAGCCGUUUAGAUGAUGUCAUCGAUUAGUGCCAAAUAAAAUGCAGCGCUUUGUUCCAGGCUGUUAUUUUUGGAGGAGUGGGAGGAUGAAGGGUUAAGAAGAAGUCUUGGGUUAGCAAAGAAUUGGAGCAGAGUGUACGCUAGUUUAGUCAGUAUUACAGUCAUUAUACAGUCAAAGAGAGGCGGGUCAUCUGUUGUCAAAAAAGGACAUUCAUGAGUCCAAUAUGUGGAGUGGGUUUGAUGAAAAAACAUCCAGAGAGAUCAAAUCACUCCUAUUUGUUAUGAAUAAUGGAGCAAAUGAAAUCCACUGCAUGAAAAUAGAAGUGAAGGUUUAUUUUUUUAAUCAUAUUUGACUUGCAGUUGUUGUCCCCCUUUACCAGGAUCUAGGCCAACAAUACAAAUCUGUAAUUUAAUUCAAGCAAGCAUCCUUGAUACAUUAAAAUGUUUAUUUUCCUCAAAAGAUAACAUAUUUUCACAUAAGAUUUUGAUGACUAAUUUUUCGUUUGAUGAUACCGCUCUUUCCAAUCUUUAUGUCCCUUUCUAAUGACACACAGAACCUUUGAAGAUGCACAUGGCUGUAAUGGCUCUUUGGCAUUUGUGCAGUUCUCCAAUCAACAUAAGUAACAAAUCCCUACCUAGAUUAACACAUCAGAGAAGUAUAGUCAGGAGGCAUUCUGCUGACUUUUACUCAGGAACUUAGAAUAUACAUCAGUCUUAUGAUUUAAAUCAGUAAAUAUGCUGUACUGCUGACGAUAAUCUAACAUGUGUUUCAUGACGCUCUGAUUAUUAACAGCCUGAUAAGUCACUCGCUGACAUCUGUUGAGCAGAGUCAGAUGAAUCUUGAUCAUCCUCCUCUUUUGUUUUCAUAUAGCCUCUAGAUGAAAGGCCAGACAGCAGCUUUUUUUGUGUUUAUUAUUUGGCCUUUAUUGACCUGGAGCUGAAGCCUUUUACCAUAAAAGUGGAAGUCUUUCUUUUGUCAUAACUGGAGGUGGUAAUUAAUUCAGUAGCAGCAGCCCUCCUCCACAUCAUCAACUCCAGGGAAACCCUGUAAUCAUGUUUGACCCUUCAGUACUUGGAGGUACAAAGCGAUUGGUAUUCUAAAAGAUGUAAAAUGUGAACUUAAAAGGCCAUAAGAGAGUUAACUCCAUCUUUCAUGUUUCUCUCCUUUAGAAGCAGCAAAAGCUGCUCAUCAGUCAGUCAUCAGCGGCCUGGUGGUGGAUACUCCCCCUCACCCUGCACUGGGUAAUAUUGUUGGUCCAGCAGCAGUGCUGACCAAUGUGCCCCCUCCAUAUCAGCCAGUCAGUGUGAGACACCUGGACUCUCAGUCUAGCACAGAGGAGCCCCAGGAUUACCUUUGGCUGGUCAACUGUGAGAGCAAAAAACCUGAACCCAACAGGUGAGUCCACUUGGAUACUGUAUUUUGAUAUUGUUUAUGUGAAAGUUAAGUGCUGUGCUGUAACAUACUCUUUUUGUAAGGUUUCAGACACACUUAUUCUUUUUGUACAUUUAUCUAUACUGCCAAUCUUGUCCCUGUCUCUGCUGUGUGGUGUGUAGCUCAGUGCAGCUUCACUCUCCAAUGGGGGGAGACCAGGAGUAUUUGCUCCUGGAGGAGUGUGAGAGCAAGACUCUUCCUCCCCAGACUAGUCUGUGAGUGUCCAGCCUUCCAGCUGGAACUGCUUGGCUUGCUUGAGUGGAGUGUUGCACAUGUGUUUAAAAAAGAGACACACACAAAUACUUAUACUUCUCAGUAGGUCUACAUUGCUUUUGAAAGUGAUUUCUGGUGGUAGAUUUGAUGUGCUCCAACCUUUACCAGCCCUCAUUGUAGAUCAGAACAGACUGAGAUUUAUUUUACCUAACAGGCUAACACUGAACUGAUUUGUCAUUAGAUGCAUGCUUCCAAAUUAGUCAACAUCAGCAGGGGACCUCAUUCCUUCAGUUAACCAAAAAAGAUACUCAUAUGGGAAGAUGUGUGCCAUGAUCUAAAGUGACUAAUAAUGGCUUGGAGACAGUGCUGUGAAGACUUGACACGAUUGAAAAGAUUUCUCAGUUGCUCUAACCGAACUGUCGAAAUUUUAAUCUGUUUAUUGUGUAUUUAUGUGUAUUUUUUCUCCUCAGAGCCCAUGCCGAGUGUUCCAAGUCUGUCUCUUCAGAGACCGACCUGAAUGACAACCUCCCCUCUCACCGUACGCCCACCUCCUCCACCUCCUCUGCUAAACACACCUCCCACAACGGCUUUUUCCCGCAGCACCCAGCCUCCGCCUCUUCCAUCUACGACUCGCCUCCAUCACGCGGUGCCUCCCUCUCUACAGACAGCGGCUUCUACCACCUCCCCCGCAGCUACUCCCAAGACACUGUGCUGCUCCCAAAGUCGGCCUCCUCCCCGCCGGCCCAUCAGGACAGCGGGGAAGGCUCCGAGCUCUAUGUCUUCAACACGCCCUCAAGGAAGCCCUCAAUGGAGACACAGAUGCGCAACCUUUCCAUCAGUUAUGAUAUCCCGCCUAUGCCUGGUGCAAACUGUACCUACCAGGUGCCUCGCACUCUGUCGGCCUCCACAGGUGUAGGAGGCUCGGAGGGAGGGGGAGAUGUAGUACCCCCUCCAAGACCACCAAAGCCUUCACUCAGUUCAACCUCAGGACCCCCACCUCCCCCUGCUGAGCGUUCACCCACAGACACUUAUCAUGUGCCCCGCUCAGCUUCAGAGACAGACGGGAACUACUGUGUGCCCACUAGUGCUGGGAAUAAGGCUUUACGCAGCAACACUAUUGGCACUGUGGACUGUUCGCGCCUCCGCAAAGGUUUGUGUCGGGGAGAGUCUCUUUUUUUUUCCUUCCUUCUUUAUUCUUGGAGUACAGAUUUUCUGUGCAUUUGAGCACUGUUGCUAAAUUAGAACGAAUAACACAUCAUCUUGAAAUACUAAAACCUUAUCAUAAUUAGCUGCACCUUUUUUACAUAGUGACAUUUUCCAUCAUGUAGGCUUAAUAGGACUAGCAGCUUUUAUGCUAGCAGUCCUAACCUUUUCACGUGCUUGUGAUGGAUGAUAAAAGACAUCACAAGCGCUCUUGGCAUGUUCCUGUGGCUGCAAUCCCUGUUUCACCUUUACUCCUGUGUACAACCCAUUCAAUCUGUCAAAAGCUCGUCAUACCUGAACACAGCAGUUUUCUCUAGAUGUCUGCAGGGUGUUGAUGAUCAGGGAACAUGGUUAAAGCUUGUGAAGCUGUUCUAACAGUACUCAGAUCAACAUUUAAAAGCAAGCAAGACACAUUAUGAAUAGGUUUCAUGUGUUUUUAUGUGCCUCCUAUUGUGACACUGGGACCACAAACAUCUUUGGAUGUUUUCAGCAGAGACUAUUUUGUCUGGAAUAUCCUGAGCCAUACUGUUGCUAACCCUUAGGGCAGUUAAUGUUACUAAAAAAGUGUUAUAUAGGCAUGGGAUUUUCAGAAGGUUAUAUUUACAUUUCAGCAUUUUAAAAGUCUUUCUGUUUAAGUAUCUAACUUUAACAAGUCAAAUAAUAUUUAAUGAUAAAUGAAAAUAGCUUAAAAUAAGGAUCUACAAUCAUAAUACUGACCAUUAUUAGAUUUAAAGCAUCCAUUGCCAGGAGAACUUGAAAUUAUAGGAUUUUUAACUUUCUUUUCAAGAAAAUAAACUUAUGGAGGAAGUGUGGACACAACUCCAUCUAUUCUUCCCCUCAUUCUCCCCUCUUGUGGUGACAAAUGUUAUUACAGAGCUAUUAGUGGCAAGAAAUUUGUUAAUAAGACCACAAGGAAGUCUCAAGUCGUCACUGGAGCUAUGGUUGUCUGUCUUACCUUUUGCUUAACAUGGAAAGAUAAAACUCUGAGUCAAAAAGUGAAUAUAUAGUUCACCUAAUGAGUGCUAGUAUUCUUCACACUUACAGAAUUGGGUUUAUGUCUGCUCUGUUUUUGAUGUUUUAUUUAGAAAAAGCUGUUUUGACACUCAAAAAAGAACCACUGAAUUGCUGCAAUUUGUUCAGUAUGAUCUUGUAAAUUUGAAAAGCUCAGGAUUUUAUACGACCCCUUUGAAACAGUGUUUUUGUUUCCUGAGGGCCGUACAAAGACUCAUUUCUCAUUGAAAUCAUUCCCCAUCAUAGUUUGCCCCCACUGAGUCUUCUUACUCCGCUGACUCUCACAUUUGCCUUACAAGCUUUUACCAGCACUGAUGUUGUUUUUGUGGCCGCAAGUGAAAUGCAUUAGCGGCUGCAUCAGUGCCUAAUGAGAAUGUGAAAAGAGUAAUGUGCUCCAGUAGAGCCCCUCUCGUUGCAGCCGAACUCUAACAUACUUUCGAGCAAGUAAUCUUUACAGAGCCAUAUAAACUAAGUAUUUUCAUUAAGCCUACACUGUGUUUCACCUGGUUUAAAAUUUGGCUCACUGAUGUGUAGGUUAAUAUUCUGUGCUGUGGCCUUUAUUUCCUGAUAGAAAAUACCUACUGAAACCUGUUUUACUUCUUCCAGUUCUAUUGUAAGUAUAUUAUUGAUGUCUGUUUAUGGUAACAUUGUUUUUGUUUUGCAGAUUUUGGAUCCCAGGACUGUUAUGACAUUCCUAGAUCAUUCCCCUCUGACAAAAGCUGCUCAUUUGACUUCAAUGAAAGUUUCAACAGCUACUUUGUAAGUGUUGUUCCAAGGUCCCUGGUUCAUAAGCUCACACUUCUGCAGAACACACAAGCGCACUUUUAAGCAUCGGCUACCUGCUUAGGGGGGAAAUUUUCAUGUUGUGACUGCGGCUGAUGGAUUACAGACGUAACCUUUUCAAAUACGCACAGAUUAGCCUAGGAAGGGCAUUUCUCUGUUAGCAAUCAAGUUCAGGCUUUUCUCAGCAACCCUACAGUAUCCAAUACUCAUAGAAAAUGCUUGAAUUUUCUCGUUUCCCUUUUUAAUACAGAAUAGAAUCAUGACAUAGUUAUUAAGAGAGCUUUGUGGGGUGGUAAGGAAAGCCGUCUUUAUGUUUAAUGAUACCUAUUUUCAAAAGACUACUGCACUGCUGCAUAAACAAGCCUGUUUCCAGGUCCUUAUUUACAUUGCUUUGUUCCUGACUCACUCAAGGAAAGGGCUCACUAUCCAAGAAGGAAAGUAAUUGGAGUCUGCACUCUCCAACCACUUGUAUAAUUUUUUCAAGUGUAGGAUAUUUCACAUGAAAUGUAAUCUCACUAGCCCAGCAGUGUAAAUACAGAGUAUAACAUCACUUCACUGUAUUUUGGAUUUGGGAAAAACAUACAGUUAUUCAAGAUAACGGACAUGCCAUAGCAUUGUUUCAUAAAACUACUAGAUUAAUACAAAGGUUUUCAUUUGAUAAAAUUCAGUUGCAAGUUUUGCUUCAGUUAUUCCCAUCGACUGUUUCAGAAUUAUUGCGAUCUCGUAAAACAAGUUGGUUCUGCAGUUUUUUUUUCUUUUUUUUGUGGCGCAGUCUAUGCUGAAUAAUAUCAAACCUACAUGCCUUUAUUUUUAGUGGUUGUUUCUUUCAUUUAAUCCAAUGUUAAUCUGCAGUCUCCACAACUUUUCAGUACCCCACCCAGGGAUGCAGCGAUUAACCAAUUUUACGAUCGACCGAGAUUAAAAACAUAGCGGUUAUCUAAUCCCAAAGACUUAGUGAAAACAUGGAUUUUAUAGAGUAGAAGUUAAUGUCAUUUAAGUCUAAACAACUUUUUGUUUAACUAUAUUUACUGUAUUAUUUGAUUACUAUAUUAUUUCUGACAGCAAAAAAUACCACCAUUAAAAUCUCUAAAAAAUGUUCAUGUGAUUUUAUAUAGAUGUUCAUUAGUACUGUUGUGAAAUUAAUUACUGCAUAAUAAUUGUGAUAAUCGUAAAACCAUGAUUAUUCCUCAGACGAUAAUUGCACAGUCAAAAUCUAUAAUCGUUGCAUUCUUUACCCCACCUUUAGUAGAACAGGUCUCUGACAAAAAAGCUGAGACAUCAGAGUGGAGAGUGUUUGUUCUGCUAAUGGAGUGUUGACACAAACUUUUUGUAGAGUAAACUCUGAACGCUGUCAUUGUUUUCCUGUAACCCAGGUUUAUAUGAAGCCUCAUACAAACUGUCAGUCUCUGGUUUGUGAACAUGAACUUUGCACAUUCUCAGAAAAACAAAGGAAUGAUGCCAGUGGGAAGCCAGUCCACAGAAGAGGUCGACCAGAACUACGUACCUAUGAACCCCAACUCUCCAUCACACCAUCACUCGGGCAGUUUGCCAGAGCCCAUGCACGAACCCAACUAUGUGCCCAUGACCCCGGGCACCAUGGAGUUCUCCUCUUUGGGAAAGCAAGUUCCCCCUCCUGCUCACAUGGGCUUCCGCUCCAGUCCCAAGACCCCGCCUCGCAGGCCAAUGCUCAGCGACUGCCAGCCCCCACCUGUGGACCGAAACCUCAAACCUGAUCGUAAAGGUGAGUAGACAGUGUAAGUGCAUGCAUGUGUAGCUUUGACAUAGUUAUUAACACUCUGUUGCUUGGUCGCAUUCUCACCAUGGAGUUGAUGUGGUCCGAUGUGUCCAGUUGCAUUUAACAACUUUUCAGUGUGCUUGAUAUUCACCAGCGUUACUACUGACCAUGUUUGUCUCACACUCAGCUGCUAUUCUCACAGAGCUGGCUUGUGGUCAUAAGUCAUCUGUAGAAAUUUUCACCAUUUACACACACUUCUGGCAGCAGUGUCUUUGUUUAUCAUACUUCAGUUGCCAUAGUCAGUAUUGUUUUUGUAUUUUUCUCAUUUGUGUGGUUUGUUUAAUACCUCCAUCUUCCCUUAACCAGCUUAUUUCACCUCUUGAUGAAUUAGUUCAGCGCCUGCUACAUCCUCUUACACCCAGCACAGUAAGCUCCUUGUCAAAAGCACUUUUGUCCCGAGCUCAAGAGGCCCUGUAGACCGUUUUGGAGGGGCCAGUCCCUGUGCCAUGGAGUGACCGAAGCCCAGAGUGGUCACCUCCAUCCCCUUUGUUCCCCUCAUCUGAAUAGACCUCUUUGAUGAAAGACCUAAUAGCAAGGGGAAUUACAAUCUGGGCAGAUUGAAAAGCUGAGCAGUGGGCAAAGAGAGAAAAAGAAUUGAAGGACAUCGUUGAGGAUAGGGAGUCAUCAUGCAGGCAAACCAAAAGCCAGAGCUGUUUUUGUCACUGAACAAAAUAGGCCAUGUUGUGAAGUUUUAUAUUUCCCAGUGGGUGACCUUUCUCAGCACAAUUUAAAAUCUUUUUUUGUGAUCCUUUGAGCCAGACUACAAGUUAUGAAGAGAAAAACACACAAUACUCAAAAUAAUUUAACUGCCAGACUAGACUCCAUCUAGUUACACGUCAUUUACUUAACUUAUUAAGUUUAACCUAAAUGAACGAAGCAAUAGUAGAGCGGUUGUUACUCUUAAAUUCAUUAAGUUUAUUUCCAGUACACAAAGACAGAACAUUUCAAACUAAAAACUCAUGUGAGUGAUAAAAAAAUCCCCAUCCCUUGUUGCCAGCCAGCCUCUAAUAGCCUGGACUUUUUUUCUGCCUUAUCCGCUCCUGUUUUAAAAAUUCUGUUGAUUUUGGCGCAGACUUCAAAGGGUGUCAUCAGUGUAAUUCAUGUCUGAGCUAACAGGUCCUGAUCCAAGGCAUGUAGAACAAUUAUAAUUUACUUUGCCUCUUUUGUAGUUUUGCCUCUGUCAUUCUAGGUUUUCAGAGGAAAAAUUCCUCAUUAUUUAUACAUUGUCCAUUCAAUACAAUUUUUCCUUUUCAGUGCUUAGACCUAAAUUUAAAUAUUUUUAAUUGACUAUACCUGUGUCCAUAUUUGUUUUAACCCAGUAGUGGAGUACAUUAUGUGUAGCUGCUAUAGUUUUCACACAACUGCCAAAGAAAAAGAGAAAAGUUAACUAGUUGGAAGCAGUGAGCCCCUUUCUUUCUGUAUAUUUGUAGAUUAAUAUUUGUUUUGAAUGACCAGAACGUUACACGCUCCUGCGUUUUUCCCUGAGAAAGUUCAUUUCAUUGUUGACCAUAAGCUUUGUAAAGUUCUGCAGUACUGUGGACUCAUUCAACCCACUAACAUCUAUGUUCAUCUUCCCUGCACUCCUCUGCUUUGGUUGUGAAGGCUUGACAUGUGUGGUCAGGGUCAGCAAACGGCUUUAACUCUGUUAUUAACGCGUCCAUGUGAUUACACUGAAAGUAAUUAUCUCUCACUGGUGUUAAGGUACAUUUAUGUUUACAGUGAGCACUGCAGAAAAUGUUCAUUUCAGGUGUUAGCAUAAACAAAGCUAUAUUUUGUGCUGUCUCAAUAAGCUCGACUUGUCUGCAGACUUGUAUGUGCUCUCUUCUACAUGACACGAUUUCUCCGUAGUGCUUCUACACAGCUCAUCGUGCAUGCACAGCUGUGAUGUCAGUCUUUGUGUGGGAAGCCUUGGUGCAUGGAGUGAGGUGCAUGUUGGGCAGUAUGGUUCUGCUGUUGUCAUGACAAUCAUCAUCUUGAUAACUGUGCUGCACAUUAAAGGUGAUUGGGUGUACGUGAGGUUGGAGUUCUCUCAUUCAGCGAAGUCUCGUCUUUUGCUUUGCAUGGCAGGGCAGCUGUUUCUGUAGGGCUGAAUUGUUGUGAUCACCCAAAAAUUUUGUAAUGAGAAAAGUCUUCUUUCACCAAUCAGGUCAGAGUCCUAAAAUAAUAAGAGCAAAAGGUGUUGGUUUAGAGCGAACCGACUCUCAAACCGUAGGUGAAUUCCCAAGGGGACGACGCAAGGGUAGGUACUCCACAUCGAACCGCUAUUUUGUGUCUUGAAAUUCUUCUACUCUUUGACUUGUUGAAACCUAACUUCAUCCUGACUCUUUGCAUGCUGUUGGUUGGGGAAUCUGUUGUUUCCUAAGUGUAUGGGUUCUGUAAGGUAUUCAACUUUUGCACAAACCAAAUUCAAUCAAACAGCACUUAAAUUCUUUCAGAGCUUGAGAAAAAAAACUGAAAGAUAUAACUUAUCUGAGCUGUCAGAUUAAUCCAGUUUGUAUUAGUUUUAGUCCCAGCAGUAAGGGGGAUAAAUGUGCACCUUAUUCAUGGUGGAUUUCAAUUGAUGCCAUUUUUGCAGCCCUUUAAAAUCCCCUCACUUAUGGGACUUUAAGUGAACAGCCAACCAGAAAAUGUACUAACAGUCUCUCGCCAAACAUUCUUUUUCCUUCUGGUGUUUACAUUUGUUGUUUCACAUAUCGCACUACCAACACACACAUUCAUACAAACACAGGCACAGCCACAACAGAAUUAUUGAAAACACUCCUAGGCCCUGAAAGGUGGUGGAUGCCUCUCCAGGAGGAAAUUGAACGCUGAUAGAAUCUAAUGAAAGAGAGACUCACAUAAAUAACCAUAUCUACUUUACUGCUGCUUGUGUACAUACAAUUUAUACUAGCAGUGGCUACCUAAUCUUGAAAUCUGUAGAUUUAAUGUUUUAUGAACUGAAGCCAAAGGAAAUAAGCAGUCAUGGUUUGUGUAUCCUGAUAACCAAUCAGAGCCCCCAAAACCCAAAAUAUAAGCACACAGGUUGAUUAACUUAUUAUUAUAAUUAACUUUUUUGUCAUCCUUGUUAGCCCUUCGAACAGAAUGUGAAAUCUGAAAGCAGUGACUUACUGGCAUGUGCACUUUUCCUCAGCAAAACCCGCUCCACUGGAGAUCAAACCACUUACUGAAUGGGAGGAGCCCUGCACGCCUGUCCGCUCACCUGUCACACGGUCAUUUGCUCGCGAGUAAGUACCCCAAAUGUUCCGCGUAUUUGUACAUUGUGUUAGCAACUGAUAAAAGGGCCUGUUCACACUAGUUUGAAGUCAAGUAAGAGACUCUGCCUCAAGGGACACACUGUGCCACACUUAUUUUCAAAACUGGGAGGAAUCUAGCUUUUUGGGAAAGCAAAUACUAUUAUAAAUAAACUACUGCACUACAUUUCUGGGUGACCAAUUAAGUGCACCUUGCGUGUUAUAUUUCCAGCACAAAAUGCAGCUGCUGUUGCUUUAAAUCUACAUAGUAAAAGGUUUAGUGUGAACAUUCCCUUUUGCAGUAGAUCUAAUUAACUUAAGAAAAGAGCACUAACACUUCAUACAUUACUGUAGUCACUCUGUCUAAAGUAGCACUGCUCAUACAGUCUAGGAUUUGUCUCAGACCUGUACUACAGUACAUUCUUGUUGGCUUACCUGGGAUGAGGUCUAUUUCUGUGCUUAGUGCUGCAGUGACUCUUCAGCUGCAGUGGUGUAAAGCUGUGCUUGUUAUGUCUGUGUUGUAUUUUUAUGCUCAUCAGAGACUCUAUUUGCCUGGAAGUUGGUGUGUAAACAUUCUGAAUGCUGCUCAGUCUCUCUAGGUUUCCAAUGCCAUCGAGACCCCUGUCAGUGCAUAGUACGGCCUCCAGCACUGACUCCGAAGACUGUGAUGAGAAUUAUGUAGCCAUGGUCUCUAAUAUGUCCACAGAUGAACCAGUAUGUAACACACAACUGUCCUCAAAUAUAAGAAGUGUGGAAAAAUUCUGCUAAAUAUUUCAGUCUAUUUUCCUUUCAACAAAGUGAAUAUUAAUUGAUUUUUGUCAUUUUCAAAAUACUUUUAUAUCUUGAUAUGGUGAAUUUUACAGUACAGUUUUUUUUUUUUAUCUCAUCCAUAAUUAGAAAUACAGUUACUCUAUAAGAGGCAGAAAAAGUUUCAACUCCCUUCAUUCUUCAGUGUUACACUGUUGGUGCUGUACUGAAAGCUUAAGAAAUCUCACAUCCUGCAGCAAGUGUUAGCAAAGAGAAAAAUACUGAUUGCCGCAGACGGACUCCUCACCACUUGCACUCUUUUUUUUUGGCAGUUUCUCUUGUCCUACUGCUCUUCUUCCUCUCUCCUCGCUUUUUUUUUUAUCAAAUCUUUUUGGAGGGCUUUUCAGGUCUUCAAAAAAUUAUGUUUUUCUUAUCAGUACCUUUACUGCAUUUCAGAGGAUCCCUUUGAGUGAUUUGGGUAUUGGUGAGAAAACAAUACAAUUUAAGUAUUUCUUUCCUUCAGUAAAGAUUGCAUGAUCAGGCAAAAGUGACCCGAAACAGUGUUUGACACAUCAACCACAAAUUAUGGGACCUCUUUUUUUUGCCCACAGAGAUUCUUUGUCUUCCAGUUGGGGUAUUAGAUUAACAUUUUUCUUAUUUUUCUUGCUGUAACAAUUUAACGUUUCCCACUGUUUACUUUGAUAAUGUCUGCUGAUCUCCUGUUCUUUCACCACUCAUGUUUAUUCCUUUUUCUCUAGCUCCUCAUUUCUCUGGCUUCACUGGGCUUUGGCUUCCUCCAUUUUCUUUUUCCUGCAUUUUGUUCUUGACCAUCUGCUGUUUUCUUUUUUUCCCCCUUUGUCACUACUUCCUUCUUGACCUGUAAAGAGAGGAGUCCUUCUACUGCACAGUCCCCAUCACCCCUGUUAAGAGGGAGGUGGAGGAACUUGACACCAUAGAGGAGGUGAGCAGGGUUGCCAGGUUAGAUGUGCAUGGCCUGCCCUGUCAGAACACCUAAGGUUGCCAGUUUGAGAUGUGAUUGUUAGUUAAGAAUUUUAGCGGACUCAUUGUUCCUUGCUGUGCUGUGAUUACUUUCCAGCACCAGUUAUGAACUUUGGAUUGGAUGUGCAGUUUGCAGUGACUAUUAGCUGUUUUAAAUCUCCACUUUUGUUUCAGCUAGUGUGUCUUAGUUUUGUCACCAUCCUAGCUCUAAUAACUUCACUCCACUUAUAGUCGAAAAAUAACACUACCUGUAGAUUGAACAUGUGCAUCAGUGUUGUCACAAUACCACAAUUUUGUUGUACUUUUUCCGAAAUUAAAGCUAUGUGACAUGUUUUAGUAAAUGGUAUGUGAAUAAAAUAAUCAAUUUAUUAGCUAAAGAAAUACAAUACGAAUGUGUUCAAUCAAGGCAAACAAAUUUUGGUUAUUGUGACAAUACUGCAUAGUGUUUAAAAUAUGACCUUUGUUAACUAGGAAAGUAAAUUAGUGUCCAUGUUCUUAAAUAAAAACAUCCUUUCCUGACCUCUGUAGAACAUGAAGCUUGGUGCGCCCAUGACAGCAGAUGGUGGGAGCAGCCCUAUGGUAAAGCCAAAAGGUGACAAACAGGUGGAGUACCUGGAUUUGGAUCUUGACUCUGGCAAGUCUACCCCACCUAGGAAGGUAGGAGUCCAUCACCCUUGCAUUCUGAACCCCUUGCUCAUUAGUAGAGGAAGUUCAUGAAGAAAGACUAUUCUCUUCUUUGUUUUCCUUCCUUAGAUGAAAAGCAAUGGAACUGGCAUGGCAGCUUCAGAUGAGCGCGUUGAUUACGUGGUUGUGGACCAGCAACGGACACAAGCCCUGAAGAGCACCAGGGAGGCCUGGAACGAUGGCCGUCAAUCCACAGAGACUGACACCCCUUCCAAAGGACCUAAGUGACCCUGCUGUCCUAAACACCAGCCCAGCUCCCAAACCCCCAAACCAUUUGGCCUUUCACACAAGUGAAGGCUCUGGUUUGUGCUUUGGGAUGGUCCAGCUGCCACGUUCCACUACAGCAAGAUAAAUAGUGUGUAGGGGCCACUGGUGCUUCAUAGCCACUCAACUGUGUUUAGUUUACACUGCUGUCAGGCCCAGUACAGCACAGUGUGUACAGUAGUAGGAAGGGUGUGUGUGCCAGGAAUAAGCUGAAUGCAGUAAGAAUGCAGGUGGAAUGUCUGGACGUGUCAAUGGGGUUUGUGUAAAGCGGACUCAAACAAUGAACAUUCACUGCCUCCUAUUUUGGAUUACAGUUUUUUAGUUCUGCUGUUCACCUGUCGGACACCAGUGGGCUGAUCCAAAUGUAACAUUUCCUUAAAUUAUAAUGCUGUUUAAUGUUGCUUUUGAGCACAAGUGAAAUCACUUGAUGACGUGAUCAGAAUAAUUUGUCGAUGCAACACUCUAGCAGCUUUUGGGGAUUUUUCAAAUUUGUCCUGUUUGAAGAGGGUUACGUUUCCAUGGGCACUGUUCUCAUAUCAGUUUUACCACUUUUCACAGUCAGUGUGGGAUGCUGAAACUGACCUUAGUCUGUGUCUAAGACAACCUUCAAACCAGAUCCCCAGCAACUUUAUAACGUUUUCACUAACAAAGCAAAGGCAGUUGAAUUUGUUAAUUUCACAGAUAACCAAGUGCUCAAUUUAAGCUUUGGAUUUACUCAAGGUUUAAUCCACUGAACAAGAUUUAAUUUCCAUUUACUUAGUAUGUGGAGAUGUUUCGAUCUGUUAUAAUGGAAGUGCAAAGACUGUACAAAAGUGUUAUGUAUAUAAACAGGAAAAGUGUCCUUUAUUUGUAUGGAAUAUCCAGUGUGUUUGACUCGAUGGUAUGUGGAUUCUGCAGGGUAGAAUCCUGUGCCUGUCUGUGGUGGCAUCAGUACUUGUGAUUGAUGAAUGAAUUACUGUGAGUUUUUUUUAAAAGAACAUGGCAGGUUUUCUAUAAGUUAUGCAAAGGUAUCAUACUUAGGCUAGAGAAAGAAUAAAAUCAGGUACUCUUUAUAAAUGCAAACUAAAACAACUAUUCAUUUCUUUUUUUUUUCCUUAAGUUAUUUCAUUUGGUGGAUGGUCCUAUCCACUUUUAGCUCAGUAUUUUUAUUCACAUGGAGGAAAAUUAGCUAUACUCAAAAGCUUAGUUUGGCAAGCCCGGGUCAAUAAGUUUCCCUAGUUCAAUGGUAAUCUUCGUUUCUCCCCUCUUGAGUUUAAUUUAUUUCAGUUGAACUGACGUACAGUUUUGGGAAAUAGACUGCCUCACCUAGUCAACUUGAUACAUCUUUUCUUUACAGAGAGAAAAAAAGACCUUAUGUCUGCAUAGAUCUCUGCUUCACUAACCUGUGAACGGCCAUCCAGAAAUCCCAGGCAUGUGCUACCACAAAUUAAAAUCAUUGCUGUACAUAUAUUGCCAUCAAUUAGAUUAACAUGUAUCAUUUGAAAAAUGUGCCUAAUAAGUCAUCUUCAUUCUACUUCACUCUUUCCUUGUUGCGGUCUUUUUGUGAUAUGGACUGCAAAGCUGAUGAUGCUUUAUCUUUUUUAAUAAAUCUCAACAGAAAAUGUAAAAUUUUAAAGUGGACUAAAUAAAAUCCAGCCUAUUCAGCGUGUGUAUUCAUUUUUCACUUUUAUUUCUAUCAUGAAUAAAUAUAUAAAGGUUUUAGACUGGAAUAGAAGAUUAUUAUUAUAUUUUAGUGACCAGUGUCCAUAAUGUUCUUACUCUUCAUCCCUGUCAUUUAUCUGGAAAGUUGACUACACUCAGAAAUAUUUAGACCUCAUUGCAUACAAAUUUUCCAUCCAUUUAAAUUACUUGGAUUUUAUACAAACAUGCCAAUAAACUCCGUCAAAUAUAAAUAAAACAAGUAAGAAUUAGAUCUAUGCAAUAAUACCAAUCAACCCAAUGUGUUAUGAAUAAAUAUGAUAAAUCCAGUUUGUUUCUGUCUUAUAAAUAUUAACUAAAUUAAUCAUGGUUAAUCCACAGCUCAUCAUGUUUAACCUAUAUUCAUACAUUUUAACUUAUUAAAAUGAAUUGUUAUAAGAACAACAGAUUUAUGCUGAUUUUAAGAAAUCUGAAUAAAUAAUCUUUAACAAUUUUUAAAUUAAAAUAACCGAUGGUAAACUAAUGGCACUCCUUUUAAGAAGGAGAAUCCAACUAAGCUAAUGUUUUGUCCUUGGAUAUCCAAUGGUAAGGCUCAUUACACACAUCUGACUACAAAAACCCCUGUAAAAAUAAGGUGAUUUGAUGUCACUUCCGGUAGCCAUCUUGGAUUUUAUAGUAGCUUUACAAAUUGAGCAAUUUCGCCACCCUUGCACAACCGCGCUCAGCAAAGUGACUGUUUCAUACGACAUUGCCUCAAAGAAAAUGACAAUGUUUUCACCGGUAAGUUUCCUCAACCUUAACCGCGUUAAAGUGGGUAUCUUUUUCAAAGACAACAAAUGCAAGUGUAUUUGAUAUCCGUAGCCCCUACUCCAACAUGAUUUGGAGAUAUUGUUGACGAUUGACGGACUGUUAGCUUAAAUGACGCAGGGCUGUCAAGUGUUCGCACUAGCAGGCGAAAUUAGAAAUGGCGCAUUUACUCUGACAAACUUACUUUAUUGAUGAAUUAACAAUUUGAGCAUACAUUUACCAGGUAAUUUUCCUCUGUCUAACUGAGAUGACUGUCUCUCAUCACUUAAACGUGACUAGCUAUUUCACAUUUUACCGCGAAAUAGGUAAAAGCGAGUUUUUGUCUGAAUGAGCAAGUCAAGUGACUUAGUGGUGUCUCUUGCAGCUGGGUUGAAUUAUCGUAGGAGGACUAAAGGACCACUGUUGUGUGAGUGUUUAUGGACACCAACUUGAUUGAACCUUUAAGCAGUUCCUGUGUUGCUGACCGUGAAGGUAUGAAACAACUAUAAUCCUCCCCUGAACUGUACUUUCUAUAGCGCCGCUGAGGUUAGCGUCUUACUAGCUUUGCCUGAUUUGACUGUAAUGUGAAAAGGCGGUUUUUCUCACUUCAGAUCCAAAACCACCAGAUCACAUUCGUGUGAUCUGGUUCAAAUUACCCCAGAGACACAAGAAAUCUGUCUUACACACAGUUUUACAAAUGUGUGCUAGCUACAAAUUUGUGAAAUGCAACAAGAGGCAGUUUCACCAUUUUGUGUCUGGACCACAUUGGACCAGGUCAUAUCCAGACUCAAAAUACCUAGAUCUGUGAAUCUGGACAAGAUUAUUGUAGUGAGACUACAUAUUUUUGAAACACAGUUUCAACAAAGUCAAACCUUUAGUUUAGUUUCAAAAUUCAAGUCGAGGUAUUGUGGUUUUGGAUCAGAGCCUUUUUGGAAUUAGCAAAUCUGAAACUGUGAAUUAGAUGCAAACUUCAGCAUAAGCGUUGUCUCUGCUCUUGGGAAAACUGGAAACCCUUCAGAAGUUCAGGUUUAGUUUAGCUUAAAUUCAAAUAUUUGCUCCAAUGGUAUUGGAAACAGCAUCCUGACCAAAAAUGUGAACAAAAGGUCCAGCUCCUAUCAUCUCUAAGCCAUGGUCGUGUGACAGCAUCUAAACUUCUUCAUGAAAACUCAGCAGGAGGUGAAAAAGUGGUUUAAAACUUAAGGACUGUGAAGUAUAUUUGAGCUUAACUUUUAAUGGGUGGGGAGAUCAAAGAUGUGUGUUGAUAUGUUGUGUAGUAAACUGAACAGACAUACCAGAUGGUGAUUUUUUCAUUGAGACUCUUUGACCAAGCUAAAGUGUAGCCUACUUUUUUUAUUUUUAGAAAAAUUCUGCAUAGUUUUAACUUUGACCGUCUUUAGUUUUUGUAGCAGUGGACUCUAAAGAGUUGUAUAUUAAUUAUGUCUGGAGAUAUGAUCUCAAACCUAAAUCUGUACAAGUAUGAAACUCAUCCAAGUGGCCCACUAGAUGGAGCUGUUGUUUAUGACUAGUAGGAGGAUCUCCUUUGCCUAUAUGCUUUCCCCUCAUUGCCCACACCCCUUUCAGUGCAGUCCCCACUCUUUCCUCAUGUGUGACACUCUGCAAUACCAAGAGAGCCAAAACUGUUUUUGCAACUAGGUUACUGCAAUGAGCAUCUGGAUCACUAAGAAAACUUUCAGCUUGUAUUUUAGAUGCUUUGCAUGUGAGCCUUUGACAUUAAAUAUUAAAUAUUAAACUAAAAUGAAGGGAAUCAAUAUCAGAGCGUGUUUAAACAGGCUUUAACUGUUUAUCAAUGAAAUUAUAUACGUGUACCUGCAGUUUGUUAAGAAAAUCUCCAAAACUAACAUUAUGUACUGGUGACUGUAGACCUGAAAAUGCAGCAAUGUAUGAGUUAGGGAUCAAAAUUUCUAUUAAAAAAAAGAAGAUAAAAUAUCAACAUUCAACCACACUCAUGUCACAAAAUUGCACAAACAAUCUGACAUGCAGUGUAUUCAAAGAAAUAUGCCACUUGUCAACUGUUUCCUUUAAUGACGUCUGAAUGAAGUCAGCAAUGUCUGAUCCAUAUUUGUGCUGUGUGGCAUGUUACUGCUGUCCUACUGGUGAACUAUUAGACUUCACUGUGACAUUAGGAAGAUGUGGUGACAUCUGUGGUAAAGCUCAUUGGUGUUGAUAAGUUUUUGCACAUUUUCAUGUAGAGUUCAGACAGAGAGUUGUUGUAAAGAUACUGAUCUGAUGGUAAAAAGUACCCAGAUCCUAAACGAUCAACCAGGCAGCGUAUUUGAACCUUCUCUGUCAUUUUUCACUCUUUCAAUCCAUUACUUGGAAGUUUUUUUUGUCUUAGCAAUACAGCGGCUAUUCCUUAGUUUCCCUUCCCAUGUCUGAUCAGUGUAAUCUGUUGUUUUCCUUGGCACAGUGAUUCUCGAGAGGCUUGAUUAAAUUGGUUGUGUCAUAGUUUGCUAUGCUAUCGCCAUCCUUUAAAACAUAUGAGCUGCAAGUUGUAGUGUAGUCUCUGUUGAAAUGAGUAAUGAGUACAUGCAGCUUGUUAAUUAGCAUUCUGGCUAGAUCAGGAGCAAAUUAAUGAGGUUGUUUCAUUGAUUGCCUGGUGAUGAACACUGAAAUACAAUCAACAGGUCACUAAGUAAAAGAUUAUUGAUAAUGAUGAUAUUCUCCAUCCUUUUCAGAAGAAUAGCUUGGUUUUCUUUGUUCCUGGUCAUUUUCUGUAAGCGGACACUCCACAGGUUAUUCUACAAGCCACCCACAUUGUUGUAAAAGAUAAAGCAUUUCUGAUUAACUAAUAUUCAAUAUUUUAACUAAUGACUUCCUAGUAGUUAUAACAACUUGUUACCUCACAGAGGUUCAUUAGAUUGGCCUAUACCAGGGUUAGAGUCAUGCACCCCUAAUGUGGAGUAUUGUACUUUGCCCAAGAAGUCUUUAAGGUUGCAAAGUUUCUGACUCUCAGGUCCAGGUUUUUGAGUGCACAGAAGAUGUUGUUAUCAGAAAUCACAAUUUGUGUGUUGCUUAUAGUUGUAGCUUGGUCUAGUAACUAGACUCUAGUUGGACGUAUGACUGCUCUUUGCGCAGGUGGCACUUGUUUGGAGAGUGCAGCAGUGAGAGAUGGCUGGCAUAAAGGUAAGAAUAUAGCCUGUUUGAACAUAAUUGUGUGUGUUGUUCACAGCCCUCCAGGUGCCAGAUUAAGAAAAAAAAACAUGUGCAGAUUUGUGGACAAGCACUUGCAAUGCACGUUAUAAUCCAUCCUCGUGGAUUUACAUGCAGCUGCUUGUUUUUUUCUGGCUAAUUGCUAUGUCUUUACCUGGCCCCCAGCGAUCCCUACAUUUGUUUUAUGUAUGAGGCCUAACCGUUUAUCCGUGGAAGACAGAGGUUACUGACAUUGUGGCUUAUGGCUUCACCGACCCACUACCAUAAUCAGAACUGGCUUGUAAUGACACACUUGGACUGUUAGUACACACAUACAGUUCUGCAGUCUUCAUGAAUCUGGUGCAGGUUUUUAGUACUGUGGACUUUUAUAUGAAAUCUGCACACAGAUUUACUAAGACUUCAUGAGGCGCCUCUCAAAUUGAAAUUUAAAGGGCAGCUCUGGCUCAGUAGUAAUCGGUGGUCUCAACAAAAGGUUGAGGGUUUGAUCCCAGAUGCCUCUGUCUAAAUGCCGAAGUGGUGUGUGAAUGGGAUUAGUCAACAAAGUUAAAGAUGGGCUUGGGUAGAGAGCCGUGUAAGUUUCUUCUUCUACCCAACAACUUUUUUAAAAAAGAAGCUUUGCACCAAAACAAGGAGAGUCUCUCCACAGAAAGAACAGACCAGGCUCUGCUUUGGAAAAAGUAAUUGAGCCUUCUAUUCUCUGGAUUAUCGAUUUGUGAAAUGGAUGCGAGCGGUGCUGCUCACACUGACGGUCUGAAUGGUGGCCAUCACAGUUCUUGCGUGAAGCACUAGGGUAUAUUUGGCUGUUGAAAUGCAAGCAAGAUCAGGACUUAGCUUACCUUGCACUCAGACUGAAUGACCAACACUGAUCACCUUAUAGAAACCCCAAAGCAGAAGCGUAACCUUGGUGACGAUUGGUAAAGGCAUGGUGCAUCUUAAUGUUAAUGACUUAUGUUGUUGAAUCCUUCUGAAGAUGGACAUGUUUGUGUGUAUAUAUUAUUAUUAUGUAUUUUUUAAACUGGUGAUUUGUUUUUUUUUCCCCUCUACAUUUUAACAAACAAUACUGCACAAAUACAUGAGCUGAAUCAGCCAUUUAUCUUAGAUUUAUGGAUCCUUUGGGGGCCUCUAGUUUACUCAAAGCAACCCACAGGCUGAACGCCUACACAGUAACACUAAAUAAAUUGGAGAGUACCACACCAUUAAGAUGUGGUUUCUGUACAGAAACACAUGAUUUUGCCUGUGUGUACACAUCAGCUUCUCAUUCACUGGCUUUUUGUAAACUUCAAUGCAACAUACCAUAUCAAGAUCAUACAAUAUUUUAUGGGCUCUGAUUGAUUUUCUCUUUGUAAUGAUACUUUUUCAGUGUUCAAAUGAGCAGCUAACUGAAUGCAUGACAUGUGGGAACUAAUUUUGUGAUAAUGUCACCAUCUGGACCGCUUCUUGUCCCAUUUUCCUUAAUUUUCUAUUCUAAUCUUGACCAUGGGGACCUGAGGAACAUGUAAUUAUAUGUGAGCACAUUUGAGACUGCUACCACUUAAUUUAAAGUUAAACUCUGCAGUACAGUUUAUUUUGUCAUUGGUUACCAUGUUCUCUGCCGUCCUUUGUUUUUUACAUGUAUGCCUUUCAUGCAUGUUCUGAGACUGACAACUUAAAGCGGAUUUAUGUUAUGCGUUGUGUUUUCAGAACACUAUGAUUACAACUAUUUGUCAAACUAGAGAAUUUAAGUGCAACUCCGAGCCUGCUCUGUUUUGUUUACAGGUGUGCCACCGCUGACACAUGUGUUAGCUGGGAGAUGAUGCAACCGUGGGAUCCUCUAUGUAGCGUCUCUGGCAGUGUGUGAAUAAUGGAGCAGGGGGAGAGUCUCUGGCUUCUUAACAGGGCCAGCAGAAUAAUUAUGAGGCAAGAACAGAGCUCCUCCGUGACAGCAGGGUGCCAGUAAGCUUGGGCCCUUUGUCCUGUCUUCUUGGACCUCAGCCUGGACCGAUGGGAGCCGUCUGGAAGGUAGCUUGGGAUGCUAUGAGGUACGUGGUUUUUCUUUUUAGGGACAUCGGCUGAGUAUGUGGGCCUCAGUGUGGGUGGUGUCAAAGUGUACCACAAAGGAAAUUCACAAACUAAUUUAAGGGACUGCAUAGUCCAUGCUCAAACUAAUACAUCAUGCACAGUUAAUUAACACCAUUAGUAUGAGUGAAAAGUCAGCACUAUAGACUUCAGCAUAUUAUGCAGACUCGUGUCAUAUUAAUGGGCAACACACUGCAAGUGUUGAUAAUGAACAUUCCUCAUGAGACGUGUUUGCCCUAACAGGCAUCACUGGGCUGGCAGAGCAAUUAAUAGAUGGGGCUGUGGCAGCUGCAUGUGUCCUGCUGGAUACAGCUGCAACCAGAGUGCAGUGAUAACACGAUCUGCAUUCAAGAGCGUACAGUUUUACAGUCUAAUAAAUGGAUGUAAUAAUACAUUUUCUAAUAUAAAAUACAGCAAUGCAAUGUCUAGUAUAUCCAUACUACAUUAAAUUACCAUAUCCAUGGAGGCAUUAUGGUAAUCAGCUUAGUCAAUUACUACGAUCAAUCACAGUGCAUUUUCAAUCAUGUAAUUUCUUCCUAUCUCUAGAUCUUUUGCACCUGAGCUCACUUGCUUGUGUCUUAAAUUAUGGCCCUGUUAUUAGGCAUUUAGGUAGCAAAAUAUCCCUAAAAAGCCAAUGACACCUUAAGAGAGGCUGCUCAUGGGUCAACAUCAUAGACUUCAUUACUUUGAUUGGAAUAUUUCAGUCUGUUGUUCAGUUUGUGCUGUGCAAAAGGAAAUAUUAGCUGGUAGUUGUCUCUGGAUAUGUAUCUAUUCAAUCUCCUUUUAACUAGAAAUGAUUAAAGUGUUAGAAGCUGAAGUAACUGCAGCUUUUAUCCUGAAACCACAAAUUUCCGGUUUCCAAGCUUAACUUUGUUGGCAAUCUCUUUGUGUGGGUGUUACUUCUUUUGGCGAAUAUACACUUGGCUUGUGCAGAUUUUGUCGACUCUCCUUUUUUUCAGUCUGCCAGUAUUUCUGUUUGACUUUUAGUUGAACUCCACUCCAACUUACCUGUCCCUCUGAAUGAACAUCCUGACUGUUGGAUAUACUUCUGAUCAAAUGCAUCUCAUUACAGUACUUUCCUGGCAGCCUUUUAUUGAGUCAUCUAUAGUUCUGUUUAACCGCAUCUGUCGUUCUCCCUCUCAUCUUCCAAUCCUGGCAGUUGGUGUAUCAUUCUCUCACCCCUCAUCAUACCCAGUCAGCCCCUUACCUUGUCUGCAUGCCAUCUAUCUGUCUACUUUUCCGCCUCUUAUAGCUCCUCAACUUUUCCUCUUUCCUCUCAUUUUUUGAACCUCUUAAUAACAUUAAGGUCAACCCAGUGUUGGACUGAAUCUAAAGCAGCUCACAACGUCACAUCAGUGAGUCCGGAUUGAAACACUCUGCUUCUUUGUUGUUUCCAGACAAAAUCAAUUUAGUCUCCUUGUCCAAGUCUUGAGUCAGCUGUACACCACCAUCCUCUUGACAUUCACCUUCCUGGAGCUCCAUCGUGGGAUAGAAAGUGGUGCAGAGAAUCACAGUUGGUCUGUGAUCACAGUUGUGAUCUGAGGAUGGAUGGAAAACGUAUCAAUAAUGUGUAUAAAACAAGAUAUGUUAAGAUUUUCAAUCGAUCAAUCAAUUAUUCUUUAUAUAUAUAGCACUUUUCAUACACAACCAUGUAGCAGAAAGUGCUUUACACAGAAAAAGGAAUAAAAGAAACAAAGAACACCCAAAUCUACCCCAAACCCAAGAUUAAAAGAAUACCCAGAUCUACCCCCAGCCCAACCCCUCAUUCCCACCCCACGAUCUAAAUGCAUCAGAAACAGUAUUAGAAUGCAUCAACUUAAAAAGGGCUUGAUUUCAUGGAAAAAGGAGUGUGCGCAUUGGGGAAACAUCAUUUUAAAACUCAUGAUUAGGAAACACUGUAGGUUUAGGUUAAAAUCUAAAAACAAAGUAGCAUAGACUGAAAUUUAAGAAAUAAUAAAUAAAAUGAGAGAAAAACAACAGCAAAAGAUACUAAAAUAAGAGCACCAAAAUAGCUCAAUAAAAGGCGAUCCUUUCAUUAAAACUAGAAGAGCUAUAUGCUAAAACACUUAAACAAAGUUAAUGAUAUAAAAUUUAAUUUAAAACCAAACUGAAAACAUACCUUUUUAGUUUUGAUUUUAAGUCAAUAAGAUGAGGUGCCGUCCUCAAGUCUUCAGGUAAGCUGUUUUAUUUUAUACAUUUCUAAAGCACUCUCCUCUGAUUCAAACUACUGCAUGAAAGACAAAGACUCCUGUGUCUGUGCGUUAGCUUCUCCAUCGUGUGUGCGCAUCAAUUUUAAGUUAUUAAUGAAAAUUAUGACAAUAAAUAUUAACUGAUUUGUUCAAAAAAGGCCACAUGUGUAAAUGAUUACUAAAAACUAAGACAAAUCCAUAUUUUGCUUUUGUUGAAAAAGAGACGACUAGUUGAAAAUGUAUUGGUGGACCAUCAUUCAUCCAAAAUCUGUUAUACAUUCCUUAUUUAGCAUCUGAGCUGUCGCUCAAAAUACAAGCAAUACAUUCCUGUAACAAGCUGAAAUAGUUGGGGGCGCAAAGUUAACUUGGUCACUUAUGUGCAACAUGUGCAUCAUGGGUACGAAUCCUCUCUAUCGCUGCUUCUGACUCACUUUAUUUAUAAACCUUUCCUGAUGCAUCUUCAGUGACAAAGACACAACCAGCUGCUGAGCAGUGUCAGUGUGAUAUCUGAAGUUUGUCCUUUUUCUCUGUCUUUUACUGGUAACAGCUCUGUCGGCUCUGUGUCAAAACUGUCAUGACCUCAGUCGAUCCUAGUUUGUAGAUACAUUAGAGACCAUGUUAGUAAGACACUCCACAGUAUCGACCAACCCUGAAUCAUUAAAGACGAAGAUGCAGCUGUGAGCAAAGUGAACAAAUGUCUGUCCACCACACCUGCUCAGGAGUGAUUUGUGAUCUGUUGCAGCCCUUGAUCAGACAGACAUUUAGACAUGAGGAAAAAAGGAAAAAAACAUCUGCUGCAAGGAAACAGAGCAGAAGGCUGAAGAUGAAUAGUUUUUGUGUGAUUCGUGCAGAAUUCUUGAGGAUUUUUAUAGAUAUAAGAUAAAAGCCCUACCCCAGAGUAAUGAAUGGUUUUGUAAAAUGUAAUCAAUUUAAGAUAAUGUUUGUUAACAGAAGUCUACCACAUAGUCCUGCCAGCACUCUCUGGAAGUAAACUUAGAAGAAAACAUUUAUUUUAUGGGGGAUAAUGUCAUGCAGUUAUAACAGGAAUUUUGACUUGGUUUGUGUAGGUGCACGAUAUUGAUGAGACGGUGCUGGUUACAUCAUUUGAAAAACAAACAUCUGAGAAUGAUUCAGUGAUUUCAUUUUUUAGAUCCUCAAACCUUUGAUGGAGUUGCUGUUUACCAUUACCUAAUAAUUGAAGGAUGCUGGCAGGUUUGCACCAAUGCUCAUACUUUUCAGAAUCACUUGAUGCUUCAGGGUGUUGGCCAUUGAGAUGUACAAUUAAACUAGUAGCUAAAGUAGGGCUGUUUCAUUGCUUCACCUGUUAUUUCUGCUUCACAAGAAAGUUAUUUUCAGUUUUGUUUCACAGCAAACCUGUUGAAUCCAUAGUUGCCAAGUCUGCUCGUUAUAAGCGACUUUGGGCUUGUUUUUUUUUCUCAGAAGUCCCUCGUAAAACUUGUGAGUCGUGGGUUGUGUUCUUUUGGGCUUGUUUUUAACUAGUAGUUGCCUAUUUGGGCUUGCUUUUCUGUCUGCAUGAAUCAACCCCGGUUGUCUUACAGCUCCCUACAAAAGCAGAGCAAAGCAUGAGUGAGGUAGGUAGUUUGUCCUUUCCAGACCACCGUUUCCUGAAUCGCGUCUGCUCGAGUACUCGGCUCGCCCCCAAACACACACAGCACAUCAUGCUCAUGUAUGCCAGAGUGUAGAGUGACAGAGAAACAGUGUUGCCAACCUUGUGACUUUGUUGCUAGAUUUAGAGACUUUUCAGACCCCCCUAGCAACUUAUUUUCAAAAGUGGGGGUAUUUGAGUUAUUCAAAGAAUUUAAGUUAUACAAAGUUUAAACGUUAACUGUGUUUAUUAUAAUUUUGCCACUGCUUAUGCGUAAUGUAAUGAUGAUUGUAUAUAUUUUUACCAUUUAGCAGCAUGGCUCCUGUUUUACACAAUGUGAAGGGUUGCCUGUUGGGCUUAUUUUGGGCCUGUUUUCAUAGAGCUGGUUGCUUGCUUCUCUCAGGAGAUCUGGCAACACUGGUUGAAUCUUGAUGGAAGUGCAUGUAAGCUGUCACUGUGAUCAUAAUUAAUGCUUUAUCUUAUCUGCACUGAAUUUAAGCGAGAAUAUUUGUAUCGACAGAUGAAGAUAAUUAAGUUUUCAAGCUCUUAUCUGUCCGUACAGAUAUCAUACUGAUAAUACUGUACAUCUCUGUUCAAUACUGAUUCUUGUUGAAGUUGGAUAUACUUUAUGGACAAAAAUCAAUCAACUACUUUCGACUUCUUUAUUUAUUUAUUUAUUUUACCUCCAGAUCCAAUUAACUCUCCUCAAAUUGUUGAGCCCUUGCAACUCAGCAAUAACUUUGCUUCACCUACCUGCCUGAUCUCCAGUCUUUGACAUUUAUUCUGUGGAUCCCACUGGGUGGCUAUGAGCCAACAGAAAAAUACUUUUUUUUUCAAACCAUUUUUCAAUCUCUCUUGCUCUCACGCUCUCACCAAAGCCUGCUGUAACCAGAUUUAGUGAGGGCUCCAGCAUUCUUCUUUUUUUUGUGUGCGUGUGUGACUCCAAUGUGACAUGAGGUUUCAGAGCAGUAAAACCAUUACUGUAUUGGAAAGAGGAGUAAUUGUAUUUUAGAAAGAAGGAUUCAAUUGGGAAUCAUAAUACAGCUUAUGAUUUGCGUCGUUUUCCACAUGACGGUUUCACUGCAUUUAUUGCACAUUGGCACAGGUCCAUUAACUAAACUGAUGAUUGUUAUAUCACCGAGGAUAAAACUGGACUAUUCUAUUGCUCCAGACACUCACUUUACACUCCAUAACGAGACACUGUUAAUUUUUAAUGGCUUAAAGAAUUUGCCUGAAGAUAAUACUAAAUUCAUCCCCCCCGAUAGUGCACUGUAAUGCUUUGGCUAACGUCAGUCACUUCAUGGACAAAAGGACCCAGUGUUGCUCAACAGUUCAGUCAUUUCUAAAUUGGCUUUCUCCACUUGCAGCAUCGUAGAUUAUCAGCUUAUUAAAGAUGACAGUUUGAGAUUUUCUUCAGCGAUAAGGAGUUAUUAUUAGUUUAGUAAUAAAGGCUUGGGCCUCAGUCGUGCAUACUGAGAUACUGAUCUUUGAUUACACAGCAGUCUGAAGACGGUACAGAGUUUCCGCUUAGUGUAAGAGUCCCAUGACUUGUAUAGAUUGGCCCCUUGAGUCCAGCCGUGUAUGUAUCUGGAUUUGUUUCUGCCUCAGUCCUCACUCUCAGUUUAGUGGUGUGUCAGCUGUGUGUCUGCUCUGAAGACCGGGGCGUUGUACACAGCAACUUGAAGCUUACCAGCCUUACAGUUUUCUCAUGCAGUUUGUAUUCAGUUGUCAGCAAAAAGGCAGUGUUUGUGUAGUCAGUUAAUGAUGUAUUGAAGUAUUGGAAAGCCAUGUCUGCUGACUGUGAGGACUUUAGAAGCUCAUGGUGAUUUUAGAACAAUAUUUCUGUUCAAUCCAAAUCUGACUUCCAAUGGUGUGUUGAAGUUUAUCAUCAUAUCAGUCAGCAGAACAAUCAUACAAUGAUUUAUUGAUUGAGGAGUAAAAACUUAAUAAUUCAAAUGUCUUUGUUGCACAAUAAAUUAGUUAAAUAAAAAUAUGAUUGAUCGUUGUUUUUAAUUACAUUGUUAUGUUUUCCUUACAAUUUGAUUUGAACAUAAGAGAAAGUACACCUAACAGGAAGUCAAGAAUAAUUGUAUUACACUUGAUUGGUAUUCUGUGAAUUUUCUUAUUUCAUCACCACUGAUGAGAGCCAAGGGCUGAAAGGACUUAGGUUCUUGAAGCAGCCAUCUGUCCUUAUUAGAAAUAGAAAUGUUAUACUUUGUUAUUGCUUUUAGUAACAGCCCCUUGCAGCAGUUGGCAGGUGACAGUCUCCGUCCUCCCUCUCAUGCUCCCCCAUCGUCAAGAUCCUGCACUCUCCAGUGGUUGGAUAUCUUUAAAACAGCCCUACUUCCUAAUGCUUGUCUUUUGAGGCGAGACAUGGAUAAUUAAUUAUUAUCUAACUAUUAGCUUUCCUCCACAAAAAUCCAGUGGAAGCAACUUGCUGCCUCAUCAAAUAGCUCUAUUUGUAACCAUAAUUUCCCUCCAAUUUAAGUUUAUGACCAUUUCCUCCUUUCUUAGAGAACAGAUAUUUUAUCUGAGCUGCCUGAACAUUCUGAGAAAUUGAGUACAAUGCUGUUCUUUGAAAAAGAACAAGUAAGAUUUAUGUAUUUCAAUGUGUCACAUAAUUUAGUGCGCCAUAUAAACAGCUGAAUUCAGUCUGCUUAUAAUGACUAUCACUAUGAACUCCUUAUUCAUCACUAUUUGAACUCCUUGGCUUGCAUUUGUUACUAAGUUUAUCAACCCCCAAAUAGUGACAUGUUUAUUUUAGACUUCAUAAUAAAUGUAAUACAAAUACUGUCCUCAAAAACAACAGCUUGACUAAGGUUUAUUUUGUCCUCAAGGUUUUAUUAUACCCAUGAGUUUUAUUUUGGAGUACUUUUAAUUUACUCUGACGGACUUGAGUCUUACACAAACUAUUGUAUAUAUGUCCACUAAAGGCAGGAUUCAUUUCGAUGGUGCAGCACUCACAAACAACUUCUUCAUUGGUAAGACCAUAACCUGGCCUUUAGGUGCCUGCAGACUGUUUUUCCAUCCAUUUUUGAGCUGUAGCUCCAAUGAAAAUAAUAAAGAAAACUAUGUUUUUUCCUCACCUCUUUACUGCAGUCUAUACCUUCAUACAGUGGACACAAAAAUGUAGCACUAUUGAUUUUGAAAAAUAAAAGAAAUAAGCUGUACUUGGCCCAGUUUAUGUGAGCUAUAUAUGGCUUCUUUUAUGCUUUGGCUUCUUCUUAUGUGUGCUGAAAUACUGAAAUGAAUCUAUGGAUGAUGCACAACCCAGGAUGUUUAUUAGUUUCAUUCAUCACUAUGGCAUAAGAAAGAGGUAAUUACCCCACACUGACCCAUUACUGUACAUUUUGUUCUAUAUUAGUGUCCGGAGUUGUGGGUAGCAGGUGAGGAGUGGGUUGAAUUACAGGAAAUGACUCAGUGGCUGAUACUGGAUGUACUUUGAAUGCUCAUUAACUGUCCUUGAAAAGAAACUUGCAGGUUUGCUAUAUUUUGUACAUGAUGAAGGGGCUGCAUCCUUAAAUCUGUGAGAUGAUUAAUAUAAUCGAUUCUGAUCUAUAUAAUCUAAGCUGGGUCAUGUUGUUGAACUUAACACAACCAAUUUUAUCAAAGGGUUUCUCUCCAGAGGAAGACUUUUUAUCUCAUGUCCCAGUUGAAUAAGAAAAUAUGUAUGAAAUGGAAUCGAACUGAAAACUAGAGACUGUGUCACGCGCAGGUAAAAAAAACAAAGAAACACAUAAACCGCAAAUUGCAACCGCUAAUGUAAAUCCUUGCUUACAGUUGCAGUUUAUCAGUGGGAUUCAGGCAGGUGUUGGUAACAGUUGGUUGCUCCUUUUACUUUGUGAUACAGCUGCAAAAACAUCUGCUGAGAACUGCUGUGCUGAAGAUACAGAAGAAAUGAAUAAGACCACUUAAGUCAGCUCGUAGUAGAGGAGCUUUUGUUACUCUAUUGCCCUGAAUCAACUGGUGUGGUGCCAGACCAAGUCUGAUGCAGAAUAAAUUAGACAUGAAAUAAAACCUUUUGAAACGUGGUCACAGAAAAGGUUUGCCACUCACAGCGAUCCUCUCAAUAUAUUUCAAUAUAUCAGUACACUUUCACACCCAAAUUGGAAAAGCACAAAUGCA